GGGAUCGAUCAGUCCGAAAGGGGAGGAGGGGGGAGUAAGAAAGUGCCUGACUGCAUCUCCAUCCCAGCAGAUCCCUCCUCUCUCUCUCUCUCUCUCUCUCUCUCUCUCUCUCUCUCUGCCUUACCGGGGGGAACCUGGACAGACGAACCGACCACCGGACCGACCGAGCGCGUUCCGGAGGUUCGUGGCUCUGACACCGGCUAAUUGUCUUGGAUGACAGCGGGGAGGAAGCUGCGUAUUUGCGAGGAAGACACCGGGACCGGAGACGGGGACGGGAACGCUGACCGAAGCCCGAGACGGUGCGCAGCAACGCGGAGGGAAACACACCAACUUCGCGCGGUUGUUGUGUCCUGCGGGGAGCCUUGUGGGGGGGCUGCCUGCUGUCAUUAGAAAGGUAGGAUGACGCCAAACCAGGUGUGUUUCGAGCAGGUAUAUGUAGACGUGAACGUGUGUGGAUGUGGGUCCGGGACCACCGGUGCAUGUGCGCACUGCGUGUCCGUCUGCAGUGUGUCACCGUGUUUAUGUUGAGCUGCUCCGGCUGAACGGUUGCCAUAACACACUGUAAAGAUACUGAUGGCGCGUGAGGCGGCGCGUGGAUGGCCUGCUUGUAUGAUUUUUUUUAGGAGUUUCGUCUGCAUAUUAUGGCGCAUUCACGUGUUUACCGUGCACGUGGUGCGUUUAUUAACAACAGUUGUAAAGACAAGUUGCAUUCAGAAGACGAGUUGCAUGAGAAUGCGGAUGUCUGCUGGUCAUCUUCAGACGCGUGCACUGAUUGGAGGUCUCCUAAUGGGGUUGUUAUGAUAAAUGCGUCCACGUGCGUGUGUCUGCAGGUGGUGGAGGUGGCUGUGUUUGUGGGCAUACCUCCAGCACUUUCCCACGGUGUUUUCACUGAUGCUGAAGGAGUGCAGAUGUGCAAAAUCCCGGACAAACAUGCCAGUGAUGAAAAUAUCUGCUGCUGCCGCAAAGAUGACAUGUUACAGUGAGGAUUACUGUUUUACAAAUGUCAGAAUUAUCCUUAUAUAUUACUGAAUGAAUCUCCAGGUGCUUUUAAAGUGUUAGAAAUACAUCAGAUUAUUAUUUUAGCUACUUAUUUUACAACUCGAUCCUUUCAGCUGAAGGUUUAUGGGGCAAAAAUGAUGUAAAAUAAAUGUGACAGUAGAUUCAGAACCAUCAAAGUCAAACGGAACUUGAUCCCAACAGUACUUUGCUCUAAAAACCACAUAAAUCUACAGUGACCAAGCCUUUUCUCACCUGAACAUCAUUCUCUCAAGUCUUGUCUAUCAGGAGAAGAAAUAUUGGGAUUGGAACAAACACACAACAGAAACUAUUGACAUAUUUACACUCAUUCUUCAGGUGUUUUUGACUAUUUACAGUUGUUUCUGCCACUCCUUGAAGCAGUUCCUGUCUGGGAUGAGACAGAGGACCACAUCAUACUGCUCACAAUCUCUUCUUUACUUGUUUCCAAACAUUGAGGACCAUUAUUUCUGAUUUUGCAGACAAGCAGGGAACUUUCUUGUCUCUUAUUGGACACUACCGUCAAGGGGACAAUAGAAGAAGAAAAUGAAACCAUGUCAUUGGUUGAAAGUUUGGCUUGUCAAACCCGGAAGACAUUAGCGGCAUUUAGCGAUUGCAAUCUUAUUUUUCACUGGUAUAUCACGGCGGAUUUACCACCAAACGUCUCUGAUCAAACACCUGUUUUUGUGGCUGGAUUGUAAACCUUGUUGCAGGUGUAGAAAUGUCUGGAAACCCUCGAUAGAUCGCCAAAAGGGUAAACUUUUGAACACUUUUUAUUCUGUAGAGAUACUCGGAAUAGUUCCUGAGAAACUGUGAACUAUAUUAAUGGUGUCACGUGGGAUCGCCGGCGAUCCAGUGGAAUUCUGAGUGUUAAAGAGGAAACGACACGUUAACCACUUUCACUUUCUUACAUUAGCUGUAGAAAUGUUUUCUUUUCCCUCAAAUUUGAAUCAAAAUUUUAUUUUUCCCUUCAUACUGACCCUGUAGUUCCUGCUAUUGGAUGUCCAGAAAGUCUGCAUAGCAACCAAAAUGUACAAAAAAAAGGAGGUGAAGUAAAAGCCUGAAGAAAGUCAGCGGGGGCGAAGUGUCAAACAGCAGCUUCUGGUCUUGAGCAUGAGUGCUAAAACCUGUUGGUUCUUGAGAAUCCACUUGAGACUGAUUCCAAAAGCCCUGAAAGCCCCGUACUGUACACACCCCUGCUAAAGCCCAUCUUUACUGUCAGAGUAACACGGGAUUUCCACCGCAUCUGGAACGGAGGCGAUUUUCGCUGUACGCCAAUUCCUAAUGGAUCCGUUUAUGAGGCGAAUGAUCGUGGCGGAUUACAGACAGCAGGAAUCGAGAAAAAAUAGAACUCUUGCGAUCAGCUGAGGAGUCCGGCGAUCCGCAGAGGAACGGAAAGAAGUCGGUGUAAAUUGACACAUUAAGUUGAAUGGCUAUGAUCGGCGGAUACGAUCUUUUCGUAGACGUUCAGGAUGCGGUUGAAAUUGGGCGUUAGGAUGUUUACAGCCUGGUGCAUCACAUGAUCUCAGUCUGUUAACUUUCUCACUCAUUAUAAGUAAAUUAGAUUGAGCGUUUCAAAUAUGGCGACCGCUUCAAACCACCAGGUAACAUCACUGGGACUACAUCCAUGUCUGGUAUCAUUUAGUCUACAGGGGGCGCCAAAGUCGACACAGAGAGUUCCUUAAGUAAACCAUUUUUGUGAAGGCAGGAGAGAGGGAGAGAAAUUUCUCAUGUAACAGUCAACUAAUCCCACAGAAACACCAGAAACCGGAGCGGGUCAUGUGCCCCAAAUGCCGUGCCAAAGACCCCAACAAGAGUGUGGUGAACUUUGUAGGUACAAAAGGUGGAAGUUCAGCCCACGGGUGGGGACCCUAACUCCUUUGUUGUCAUGGAUCAUGAGGCAGACCUCCUGACACAUGCAGAGAAGAAGAAAUCUGUGCGGCUGAGAGGUAUGUGCAGCUGAGGAAAGCAGAGAGGCCAGCGGAGCUAUCAUUCCCUCACUCAACUAUGUGUGUAGUCUGUGAACAGGCUGAUGCACUGAUGUGUAGUCUAGCAUCUCUGAGGUUUGUGCACCUUAUACAGCUGACCUUUAGCAGGAAAGGGAACCUGAGAGCAGUUUUCUCUUCUGCUGAAUCUGAUGUCUCUUUGCAGUGAGUAAAGGCUUGUGUUGUACUGCAGGAUGCUAAUCUGUGCAGCAUCAUCAUCAUCGAACAACGACCGACGUAAAAGCUGCACAUAUUCCAACCAGGAUGAUAACUAGAGGACAAUCAGAAACCGGGGCGUGUCUCCUUAUGUCGCUGAGACCACUUGAACAGCUGUGUAUGAAAUGAACGAUUGAAAAUAAACAAAGACUAAAUCUUCCGGCGCGGUUUACAUGAACUGUUUGAUUGUACAAACUGUUUGUAUAACCAGUUUCCAGCUGAUGGCGAGCGUCCAGCGCAAUGCCUUUCCUUCAGCGUUACAGAAACAGCGUUUUGCAAAGUGGAUCUGCUUCCUGUGGAGGUCUAGAUGAGAGUCUAUGUAGCUUCACUCUCCUGGCGUACUCACCAACUCCGCUCCAUCACAAAGACUGAUCCACACAUGGACUCCACCAGACCUCUGAAGAUGUGCCGAGGUUUCUACACCACCAAGAUGUUCGCAGCUGUCCUUCAAGAUCUGAAAAUGAAGGGGACGGACUCCAUGGAUCAGGCUUGGUUGUUGAGAUCAUCCACAGAUGCUCAGUUGGAUUGGAGUCCAGAGUCAGGACAUCUUCUUACGUGGCUCCAUGGUCCAUUAUAGACUGUUUGGACACGAGUUUCGACCUUUCCAUUCUCCGAUUCUCACCACGAUCUCAAAACUCUGAUUUACUGGUGGAGGAAACUUUGUUCGGACAUGCGCAUGUCCAACCUGAAGUCAGAGUUGAAACAUUGUGGUUCCCAAUAGGGCCGAAGAUUCACUGAUACUGAAAUUUACAACAAUCACCAACGUCAUUUUGCCCAUAUCCGUCUCAUGUCCCUUUAAGACGCUGUCCUACGUCAGAGAUGCAGCUUGUGGAGUAGUUAUCGUUUAUCGUUAUCGAGGUGAACUGAUCGAUAUAACGUGAUACUGAUUUGAGGACAUAUCGCCCAGCUCUAGUUCCCUGAACUAUGAGCUGCUGGAUCAUCACAUUUUUGAGACUUUGAGUAAAACAAACCGAAUUCCUCCAGAGCUGACACUUCCUCUGUCUCCAUAGCAGUUGGGACGAGCAUGAAUCAGAGGAGAUAAAUCCAUUCAUUAGAAUAACACAAAUACCAAACGAGGCUGGAAACAGUAACGAAAUGCCACAAUGAAUCACACUUCUGCUCGACUAAUUAUGUCGUACUCUUGCCUCCUCUGGCUCCGUGUCACUUCCCGGUCUUCAGACUCUCAAGGAAUGUUGCAUAAAACCGUCGACACGCCGGUGAAGUUCUCAUCAGCGCGUCUUCGUCUUGUCUUAUGUGGCACACGGGCCCACACAGAAGGGGCGCCGCGGCCUUACAUGGGCACGCACUUCAGACUCAGAGUUUAUCUGAUCGUUCAUCAAAGCUCAGACGGUACAUGCACCGCAGCCGCAGCUGCAGCAGAUACAAACCCUGAAAGAGUGGUGGAUGUGAAAAGGGAAAGAGGAACGGAAAAAGAGAAGAGAGGGGAAGAUGAUGAAGAAGGAAGAGAGAGAUAUUAGAGUAUAUAUAACCCAUGUGUAUUCAGCCUGGCAGUAGCCCUGGGGAAAUUCAGCAGCGCAGCAGAGUUACUUUGCUGUUUUGAUUUGAUGAAUAUUCAUCAUCAGGCGGAGAGAGGGGGGAGUCUAGUGCUGCAGAAGAAGGAUAAUAUGCCUUAUAUAACUGUUAUCAGAGUGUGGACCGCCUCUUUUCAGUGGGUCUGAUUCCAUUUUUGCUUAGCAAGACCCCCAGAGGUUCUUCCAUGUCCUCCAGCCCUCCCUGAAGGAUCCUGAGGUGCACCAGGAUCAGAUGGGAUAUGAUCUCCAGCGUGUUGAAGGAGCGCCUCAGGGUUUACUCCCACAUGGAUGUUCCUGGAAUAACUCGGCAGAGACUUUAGGGACUUAAAGGGGUAUGAAGUGUUUUUUCACCACAGGGACUGAAAUUAUAGCCUUGAGACUUUAAUAAAAGGUCUCAGCUUCGGGGGUCGUAUUUUGUUAAAGAAGUGUUUUUGUGAGUCAAAGUUUUUGGUUUGACGGAGGACUAAUAAAGAGAGAACCUUCAAAAUCAGUUAGAAAGUUUCCACAGGAACUUCAGGUCUUUGUGCAUCAGGUUAAAUUGCAGCUCAGGACCUCAGCUGGCAUUUAUGGAAAUCAUGAGACGGAGGCUGAGGAGCUUUUGUUCCCAUUGUGAGUUCGAACGCCUCUUGAAGGACCGCGAUUCAGCUGCCUGUGAAUCUGAUUUUAUUUUUCAGACUCCGUUCAAAGAAAAAAAACAAGUAUGAGGAAAUAAAUGAAGAUCACUUUAAUGAAGUUUUAUCCUGAUUUUAGAUUUAAGAUCUACAUGUAUGUGCAUCACAAAUGUCUCUGAUUUUAUGACAUUUAAAGGAAUAAUCUGUAAUUUUCACUCGUGUACAAUAAAAAAAAAUCAGUGCAGAGAUACAGUACGGUAACAAAAUAAAGAUUUAUUCAUGUUCUUAAUGGUUGUGUUCAUAAAAUUAUUGCACAAAGAUAAAUUAUCAAAUUACAAGUCAAAUAAUAAAAUAAAAAGUCCAAAUUAUGGGAAUAAAAAGGAGGUAAAAAAGUCAAAAUAUGAGGUCAAAAGUAAAAAUAAUGAGAUUAAAAAGUUAAAUCAUGAGGUCAGAAGUGGAAAUAAUGAGAUAAACAAUGAAAUUAUGAAGUAAAUAUUCAAAAUGAUAAGAAAAAAAAGGUAAAUAAGGAGGCCAAAAGUUAAAAUAAUGAGAAAAAAGGGAAAUAAUGAGGUCAAAAUAUGAGGUUAAAAGUCAAAAUGAUGAGUUAAAAUGUCAAAUUUUGAGGUUAAAGUCAAAAUUGAAACAUAAAAAGUUCAAUUAUGAUGUCAAAAUUUAAAAUUUUGACAUAAAAAGUUAAAUAAUCAGGUCAAAAUACAAAAUUAUCAGGUAAAAACUCUUAAUUAUAACAAUUUAAGCUAAAAUAAUGAGAUCCUAUUGGACUCUUAGCCAGACAUACCAGGAACAGGGUCGCAUCUGUUUAAUAGUAAAAAAAAUAAUUUGGAGAUAAAAAUUUAUAUAAUGAGGAACGAAUGUUUACAAUUUUUUAUUGUAAAUCACAAUUACGGGAAUAAAAGGUCAAAAUGAUGAGAUCAAAAUCUAAAAUAAAAGAGAGUUAGUCAUAAUAGUGAGAUAAAGAUUCAAAAUUAGGGGAUAGAAAGUCAAAAAAACAAGAUCAUUUGUCAUAUUCAUGAAAAGUCAAAGAACAUUUAGGAGAUAUAAAGUUAAAAUAAUAAGAGACAUUGUUAUUAUUAUAAUGAGAAAGUAAGUCAUAAGUGUUAGAUAACACGUCAGAAUUAGAGGAUCGUCAUAACUAUGAAUCUUUAAUGAUCUUUAUUUCUGCAGUCAGUUCAAGAGUCCAAGAGCGUCACAACACGUCCUCACAGCUCUUUCCAGGAGCAGCUAAUGAGGUUGUAGGUUUUUUUUUUUUGUCCUUUUGUGGAACCAAAACAAAAGAUUUUAAAGGAACUCCCAAUCUAAACUUGAUUAAACCACGUCUUGAGUCAGCGCGGUGUCGCCCUGAAAGGAUGACGUGAAACAAUGGCUCUUCUGUCUCAUUAUUAUUAGUAGUAUAUGGGCUGAGAGUGUGUGUAAUCCAGGGCUGAUAAUAGACCCCAGAAAAUAAGAGAGAGAGAGAGCGAGAGAGAGAGAGAGAGGUCUUUGUGGGUUUUGUUAAUUAAGUGUGUGAAAAAUGUAGACAGACACAGCUCGGUCUAUUUAACUGCAAAUAGGAUUAAACUGUGAUUAUUCUAAAGAAGACAAAAUAUAUAUUCACAGAUGUCAGUUUGAAAUGAAAUCAAAAUUACAGAUGUCCUUUUUUCCUCUCUGUUGUGCAUUAACAUUCAUAAUUACCGGCGUCAUCCCUCUGCUUCUUAAAUCUCUUUUUCCUUCACAUCUUGACGUUAAUAUAUUCAUCACUGCAUUAAUAGUAAAUUUGACGCCUUCAACCCCUCCUUUCCUUUCCUUUCCUUUCCUUUCCUUUCACUUCUUCUUAUUUCUUCACCUCUCCUUCUCUUCUUUCCUCCUUUUUUUCCAUCCGUCUUUUCAGCUUCAUUUAUGCCGCCCUAAACAACUCAAACUCAAACUCAGCCGAGCAGAAAGUGGAGUGACAUUUAAAACCCACGAUGCAAAUUCCUGGUACAGAAAGAGAUCUGUGCUUAUUAAAAAUGUAUGCAUGCGUCAUUUUUCCAACUGCUAAUGUUGGUAACCUUUUACAAAUUUACCUUCAGGGUGAAAUCACGGUGAAAUAUACCCAACAUGACUCGAUUUUUCUUAGAUUAUAUCGCACCUGUCGUACAUUUUUGCUGCCUAAAAUGCUCAAACUCAGUCAAAACUGAGCUCAGAUUAGCUCAGAUUGUGUCUGUGCCCGACUUCCUUUCCAGCACGGGUUAAUUUGUGCUGAAUUUAUCUGCCAUGCUCCGGCAUCCGGGAAAAAUAGAACUCUUGCGAUCAGCUGUGGAGUCCGGCGAUCCGCAGAGGAACGGUUACGGUUCGUAAAUGGUUACGAUCAGCUACGAUCGGUGGAAAUUGGGGGGAAAGACUCAACUAAUCUUCUCUGUUUUUCUUUCAGGUGGUCGUGAAACUCCCUCGCCUCACUCCUGGUCAGACAUGGAGUUCCCAGACGACCUCCUCCUAGCCGAGCUGGGUCACCUGCAGCUCUACAACGAUUCCCUUUUCCAGGGGAACUUCUCAGGUGCCUACAACGACACCGACGCCUUACUGCCGACGGGGGUUAAGGCCACCAUCGUGGUCGUCUACAUGAUCGUCUGUGUCAUCGGCCUGGUGGGGAACUUCCUGGUCAUGUACGUCAUCAUAAGGUAAGACGACGAACCUUUCGCAUGAAGAUUCUCCUUAAUACGCAAAUAUUUUCACAUUCAGUCUAUAAGGGUGUUCCUCAGGGUUCAGUUCUGGGCCCACUUUCAUUCUCUAGUUUUGUUAUUAGUUCUUUUUAAUGUCCUAAAAUCUGUGUUAAACGUCUACGCCGAUGAUAUUGUUGUAUAUUUCUGUGCAGCUACACUUGCUCAAGAUUUUUCAGAUCUACAUGCAUCUGAUUUUGUAGAAGUUCGUCUUUGUGAAAUCCAAAAACAGCCUCGUUUGGGAAACUACUUUAGUUUCUCUGUUUGAGUCUGAUUGUUCUGAUGAUUAAAACUUUACGUCGCUGUUUUACUCGUCCAAGAGCUGGAAAUAUGAUACGGAUGCAGUUGCCAUGGUAACCCACACUGAGAGAAUGUUUUUAAUGAUAAUUCAAAGGAAUGAAAUGUGAAAGGUUUUUCGAUCUUUUCACAGUUUUGGAUGUUGUGAUGAUUCAGCUGCGAUCUCGUCGGAGCUCAUUGUUGCUGCAGCUGCUCAGUCAGAUGUUCAGUCACGACCCGUGGGUUCAUGCGAUGAACUAUUAGCCUAUAAAACGAUUCAAAAUGAGCUGUUUUGUUAUUGGUAUUAAUUGAGAUCUCUUUUACAAGAACAAUUAUCCAAAUUGCCUGUUUUAUUUUUGUCUUUCCACUGCUCUAAAUACGUAGAAUUAACAGAAACUUAAACGGGUACUUUUUCUUCCUAAUCCGUCGAAUAGAUGCGAGUUUUUGCUUUUUCCUCGACUUGUUUUUUCAGCUUCUAACUGCAGUUUGUGUUUGAUGAUAAAAGGUGAUUUAUAAAGAGAUGCUGUUACUACGUCUCUGGACAAAAAGCUCCAGCAGCUGCAGCGUCGGAGAGCAUCAGGCUCUCUUAAUCACAUUUUUCAAACGUCAACCUCUCAAGGUGAUCUCUCACAGCGCUCAAGCUGCCCCUCGUCAUGUGACGACACGUGUGUGUGUGAGUGUGUGGAUAUGUCCCGGAAAGCCUGGAAGGCUGUUGCGCAGGUCAUGUGUGUCGCUGUCCUUUGUGUUUGCACAUGCAUGCACACAAGUUGCCCGUGGAGCUGAUUGAAACGAGCAGAGGUGAGUCUCUUUAUGUGCGGAAACGGUCGCGGUUGGAAGACAGCUGUUCUUCUGCUCGUGUUUUUCACAUCAGCUUGAAUAGUUGUGACUCGGCUGUAUCUUGGGUUCAUGACUUGCUAGAAAACAUGACAGUGUGGUGGAAAUGUUGCUGAUUUGCUGUCCAAACCAGAUGCAGAGGUGGAAAAGCACCAAGACAAAAAUGGCGAGUGCUCCAGGAGAACCUGUACCGUCACACUUUAACAUACGAUUCAGACUCUGACCUCAAACUGGAGGGAGGAACUGUUAAAGUGUUAUAAUGGUGUUUUUAGCUACAGGCCUCUCAGGGGUGUGCUGAUAUAAGGGACCCUUUUACUCGCCCCUAACGACAGAGCAGUUAGCAUGUCCGGCUCCAACCUUUGACCCUUUAACGCUUUUGUGAAACAGCAGGAAAGUUAAAAUAGCAUACUGUAGAAGAAACUGCUUGACUAGUGGCAGUGGUUUUACUCACAGGACUUUUCACGAUGUUGAAAUUUUAAUGUUGCAUUUUUGAUUUUGUCUUUUCUUGUGCAAAACGUUUUUGAAAGAUCAAUUUUUUCACCCAAAUAGGAUAACAGCUUGAGUUUCAGGAUCAACGAGAUUUUAAUUAUGUUCUUUUUUGAACUUUGCAUGAAAUAAAAAGGCCAAACAAGAUGGAUAACCUGAAAUUUAUCAUGUUAAAUUUACUUCAGAGCGGUGUGAACGCCACCAGUAAUUCCCUCAUUUUCUGAUCUCAACCAUCCCGAGUAAAUGUGAAAACUCUAUUUUAGCGUUUAUUGGUAGAAAUAACCAUUUUUUUGUCCUGCUGUUUUCCCAGGAUAAUAAGAUGUGAAUAGCUUUUAUUUGGCGUGGGUAAAGGUCAACCGAUACCAGUUUUAAUACGUUUUACAACCAAAAUUUAAACCCAAUAUAAACCUUUAACAAAUAGUCUAUUAAUAAUUCAUGAAAAUUAUUAAUCAUAAUUUCAUUGUUUGUUAAUUGUAAAGUAACUAUUAACCUACAUUAAUAAACUAUUUGCCAUUUAUAAUUGGUCUAUAUGCUGUUUCUAAAUAAUGAUUAAACAUUAUUAAACUAUCUAUUUACCAUUUACAUAUUAUGUUUAUUGUAAAGUGUGACCAUAAUUCUUUUGUUUGGAAUGACAGUGGUGAUAUCGUCCAUCAGAGGUCUGAUUUAUCGGACGACUGAAUUAUCUGUCUGUUUCUAAGUUAAUUUUGAAAAAUCCAAAGUUAAAAACAGUUCGGUUUUAUCGACUGAAACAAACAUGAACUUUUCUCUUGGUGACGCUCUGGAUCCUGACGUUCUAAGUCAUAUUUCAGGCUUUCGUGUGUCUGUGGGCACAUGUGAGUACAUGUCAUUAUUAAAGAUAAUAAGGUAAUUACAGUCUUUGUUCUAUCUUUAACGGGGGGUUCUGCGGUUAGAGAUAAUAGUCAGAUAUGCAUGUAUUAUUAUUUCAUGUAUCAUAUAUGGAGCUUUUGCCUGGACGCCCACACACACACACUCACGGUGUUUUUCAGCCGCUGCUGCUGCUGCAGGUCGUUAGAAACUCAAUUAUUGUCUUUAUGAAGAAACUCGAGGCGACGUCAACUUCUAAUUCAUGUAGACUCUGGAGAGAAAUCAUGUUUAUGUUACUCUGUAUUUACCGUUCCAUUAUGGAGAAUUAGCAUGUUUACUUUAAAGUGAAUAUAAUAAAGCUUUUAAUUCACAACGUUACAGUCCAACAAAACUGUAGAGAGCACGCCGUAUUAUCGACCUUCUACUGCAAAGUCGAGUGAUUCAGUGCAGCCUGCAGGUUGAAGUGUUUAUGAUAUAAAUUCAUUACUUUGUGUUUAAAAAAAUUCUGAGAAAGGUGGUCUGGAAGUGAUGUAGGGAAAAAAUUCAGAUAUUUUACUAUAAAUUUAAAUUAAAAAAAUGAUUUUUCUGCUCAUGUUUCACGAGCUGAGGAUUGCUGUAGUGGUUGUAGUGGCCUUAAAAUCAAAAAUAUCUGCUGUUUAUGAUUUUUCUCAGUGUUUGAAAAGAAUGUAUACGGGGUCCGUCAGGUCAGGGAGAUUUAUAAAGAAAUCUGAGGCUCAGUUCAGGUCAGAGAAUCGGCAGAGUGCUUGAAUUUCAAUACGACCAAUUACUCAAAGAGUCAGGCCGAGUGUAUGUCUGCUGAGUCCAGUAUCGGAGUAAGGAAUUAUGGGUAAUUACAUGAAGUGGAUUCACAUCCUCCGACUUCCCCUGGAUGGAGGCAGCAGGUUCAGGAGAGAAAGAUGAAAAUAAAGAAGAGGAAGAAAAAGGAGAAAUAUUCUAAGAUAGAUGAGAACAAACGUAUCUGAAGGUUAGGACAGUCACACAUUAGCAGGAAGUGAUCCCGGGAACGACAGCUGAUUUUAAGAUAAUGGAGGAUUUCUCGUUCUCGUUGUUGUUGAAGCCGGAGGACACCGUCACUUUCAAAUGUGUUCCUCUUUGCUGGAUGUUUUUACGCUCUGAGGGAGAACGCUCUUCAGAUGUCCGAGCUGAUAAUACCCCCAAAAUGUACAGGGGAAUGGGUCUGUUGUUAUGGAAACGGCUCAUUUUUACAAAGGUCCCUUCAGGCGUCACUUUUUUUUCUGUGAACACAGCUUCAGCCCGCCGUCCUCUGAUUCUCCCGUCUGUGUCUGCGGGCGGUUCUGCGCCGGAUUCAGCCUGAUGUUGCUCUGUCCCCGGUGGUCCACCUUCUCUGUUUGGGGCCUGUGGCACUACACCGAUGCUCUGGAGAGUUCCUGCUCACGGCUCCUGUUUUGAUGAGUCACGUCUGCGAGGGUUCAGACUCCUCUCCUCGGCUGUUCCUUUGACAGCACCGAAGGCUGGAAACACACUCGGCUCGCGGCUCUGUCAGGAAAAGUGCGAAAGCAUGUCUGGGAACAAAACAACACGGAGAGACACCCGAGCUCGAUUAAUGCCUCUUGAAAGCUUUUACUCUGUCUUUUUGUGAACAAGGAUUAGACAGACAGUGUGUUCUCCGGUUACUCUGAUCAUCCAAAACCUUUUAUUUCCAAACUUUAAAAACUCUUGAAAGUGUGGUAUCGGUCGUAUUUCCUUUCAUACGUCCUCUCUGGUUUCAGCUGUUUUUAGCUCUUUGUUUUUGUGUUCCCUCCACCAGGGGACAAGAUUCAGCUCAUUUUACUGAGAACAGGAUCCUCCUGUGAUAAAAGAGGACAGCUCAGGAUGCAUAUCACCGUCACAAACCUGCUGAGGCUGCUGCUGCCGAUGAUCUGGAGUCUUCUGUCAAAACAGCGAUAAAUGUUUGAAGGUUUGGGUUCGGUCUUUUUGCAGAUCUGUCACAACAGUAUACAGGAGAGAAAUCCAUCCUGAGUUAUGGGCAAAUGUUUUCACACAGACGAGGAGAAAAUGUCAGCAGUGUGAGUUUUUUAAUAUCGGUCUUUAUUCGCUUUAGAUGAAUUAACUCAGUUUGUGUUUUAGAGGUUGACUUAUAGUGGUUUUCAGGGCCGAUACAAAUACCGAUUAUUAGGUUCUUGAGAAGGAUUAUAGAUAAUUCAGAGUUUGGGAUGUUAAAAACUCCAACACAAACCUUUGCUUGUACGCCUUGUUGUGCGAUAUCGACUUUCUUGACUUGGUUAAAUCUUCUUCAUGAUGUUUCUGACGCGCAUCAGGGUCGAAAGUGUCGUCGUGGUGUUCAUGAAGCUCCAUGGAGGGAGUGGUCACAAACAUCUGUUGCAGAACUCUCAGGUGAUUUGACUUCAAAAGGUCAGCAAAGGUCAACAACCACUUAUGAUACAAUGGAAGGAGUUUCUGUAAAAUCCACUCGCUUCGUGAGAUCGACGACGAGACGACAGACUCUGACGUUCUGCAACAUCCUGGGUUUUCUUUAGUAACUCAACAGAGAAGGUCAGUGUACUCUCUGAGAAUGGGACGCGUUCAGACCAAACGCGACCUGACGCGACUUGGCGACGGCUCCCAAUGCAAAGUCUAUGGCCAGCUGCUUCCCACCCGGGCGAGGAGGUCCUCGAACUGCGCCGUCGACACACGGAAGUACCGCUGGAAGCGGCCGUCGUCCAGGCGGAGUUCCUGGAGCAAGCGGUGAAAUUCACCCAGCUCCGUCCUCCUCCGGAUGGUUUCAUGCACCCAUAAACGCCGGCGGCGUCUACUGCGGAUGUACAGAUAUGCGGCAGCACUGAUGAACUGAAAACUGAGCUAGUGACAUGGAUGAGGUCACCGGCGACCAGCCGCGACCUGCGACUGCAGCUUUGGACCCGGUGUUGACACACCAGAGCACCACGCGACGCGACCUGACCGACCGACGCGACGCGACGCGACCUGGUCGCGUUUGGUCUGAACGCGGCUUGAGAAUGGGACCUCAAAAGUGAAAGUUCAGUCAGGAUCACUUUGUCGAAAUUCUGCUUUAUUGUGCAAAGAUAAAAUUUGGCAGCAUGGUUCUGUUCCAGUCCCUGCCCUUCCAUGCGCUUGUGUGGAAGUUAGAGGCAGGAGGAGCCCCUUCCUGCCCUUCAUGAGCCUCAUGAUCAAGGCGAUAGCAGGGAGCGCACACAAGGUUGUGUUCUGGGACCCCCGCUCUUCGCACGAGCAUGCGUGAGUGAGCAGCGGCAGGAAGAGCGCCUUCAGAGCAGAAUCCCCCCUCCGGAACAUGAGUGCUUCAAGGGUAGUGGAGCAGUUUAGCCGGCACAAGGGUGGAGCUGGGGUGGAGGUAUGUUGCUGGCUGGCUGUUGAAGCAGAGGAAGAGGCGGGGUUAGAGCAGUUUUAAGGUGCUGUCAAGGAAAAAACCAAUAGGAGCUCUGAGGAAUAGCAGGGCCAUCAGCUGGUUGAGGCGGCCACUUGCCAUUGGCUGUAAAUCAGCGCUCGAUGUCGUGACCUUCCAGAACUAACGCUCUGCUUCAUUUGAUGCGUUCAUCGUAGUGAGAAGAGUCAUUUCAGUCUGAUUCUAGAUCUGUACGGUUUGUUUUGUGGAUUUAACUUGGAUAGGCCGACUUUUAUCCAAUGAGUCCACAAAAACUUGGACCGGAUGCCGAUUUUCUCAUGGAUGUUGUUGACAUGUUGACAUUUUCCGACUGGAUGAGUAAAAGGAUCAGCUGAUGUAGUUUGGCCUGCCUGAACUAACUCCAUCCUCGUUUCUCCCUUAAUGCCGCUUCACUUGUUUCCCCCGAAGACGACUAAAAACUAACUCCAAGUUUGCAGGAGUCGGCUCUUCAAACUCGUCCCAGUUUGGUUUUAUUUUAACUGUCAGCUGUUAAAUAUUAGUUUGAGUCCGGAGGCGUGUUUUGACACGAGUCUUCUUCUUUUGAAAUGAAAAGUGACACACACAGUGUCUUAGCGUGACAGCGCUCUGAAUGGAUGAUUUGUGGUGAAGAGUCUGAAUAAAUGACACGUUGGGCUUUUGUCAGUGUUUCUGAGAGCUUUAAUUCUAACAAAAUACAGAUUAAAAAGUGUCAUAUUUGCCUUUUAUUUUCAGUCUGUCAUUAUGGGCUCAUUUGAAUGUAGAAAAACAAGAUAACAGUCUAUUUGAGAAAACAAACUGAGGUUUGAUCUACCUCAUUACUGAAGGAACUCCAACUAAAGUACUUUUCUCAGAGUGAGUAAACACACUAGAGGGGAACUUCUUGGUUUUUUAUGUUGCUGAUUGGAAGCCGAUGGGUUUUGUCUCUAUUUUUAGAAGCUAACCUGACAAGAUAGAAAGAUAAGGUGUUCAGGGAGGUCACUGGAGAUCAACCUGCCUUUGAAAGAAGUCAUUGGACUUUAAAACUCUUGGGUUGCACAAGUUCAGACUUAGCUUUGUGUGAACAUUAUUUUACAGUUAUGGUGGAGUUUGUGCACGUUUUAGCAGUUAGCCUAGUUAGAUAAAGUUGGGUUUGCAGAGUUAGAACUGAAACAACCGCUUCAUUCAGAGACAGGCUUUUCUCUGGAGGGUAAAACUAAACUAGACGGUGAAACUAGCGUAGCUUUUGUUGUUGCUUUUUGUCCAAGUCUGAACCGAAGUUGGGUCCAGAUCAGAUCAGGUCCAGCUUCUGUAAGCUACAUCUCUUUAAUGUUCUCUUUAAUGUUCAAACUGUGUUUGUCAGGUCUGAACCGACACUCCGAAGUCUUUUAGGCAUUCAUGUGAAAAAGCACCAGAGUACAAAAUGUUUUAUUCUUCUUCAAAGCAGUGAGUAGUCUGUUUAUGUCACCCUAAUUUGAGACACAAAAAGGUCCCUUAAAGAAACCACAACUGAACCAGAUUAUCCCCAAUUUCCAUCGCAUUUGGAACUGCUACUAAAACGUCGUAUCCUCCGAUCGUAGCUGAUCGUAACCAUUCAAGUUAACGUGUCAAUUUACAACGACUUCUUUCCGUUCCUCUGCCGAUCGCCGGACUCCUCAGCUGAUCACUAGAGUUCUAUUUCUUCUGGACGCCGGAGCAUGGCGGAUAAAUUCAGCACAGAUUAACCCGUGCUGGAAAGGAAGUCGGGCACAGACACAAAAUAAAACAUCCGGCUUCUUUUCAAAAUAAAACACUCCGGAGACGAACAAGUGAAAGGUUUUUAGACGUCAUUUCACCCCGAUGACACCAUGGAUGAGGAGAUGCUGAUUCUAGAAGUCUAGAAGUAGAUUUCCUCCUCUGGAAGGACACAAUCUACUGCUUAUAUGUCUAUGUGUCUGUCUUUAGAGAGACAACUCGUUAUCGUGCGAUUGAAUGUGAAUCUGCAGGUUCUCGUGAGUUCUCGCGAUUCCUGCUGUCUGUAAUCUGCCACGAAAUUCCCCUCACAGACAGAUGUGGUAGGAAUUUGCAGAUGGCGUUCCGGAUCAGAGCCGUUCCGGAUGGGGUGUGAAUUGGGGGUUGGUCUCAUCAUUCUCUGACUGUAAACCAGCUUUUCAAGAUGGAUCCACCUGAUCAUGAGGAAAGGUUACCACUACCAAACAAGUUUAAAAGCGAGUUUUUGUGUGUCUUAUUGGAUUUGUAUUAAAGUUGUCACUUUAGUCUAAUUUGCUAAUUUGCAGAUGUAUCAGUGACAUCCAUCCAGAGCAGAUAUAUUAAAUAGGGGGUGUAAUGAGGUUGUGUCUGGACUCUGAGCUGGACUGACAGAUAAUUAUUGAUAAACUUUGACUUCAUAUAAGGAAUAGAAAUCAUUAUUGAUAUCCACGUCACUUUUGAAACCCCUCGUUUUUCAGAUGUGGUUUCAGUGGCUUUCCCGUCAGCCCUGCUGGUGUCCACUGCGUGGUUAUUUUGGGCCGCAGUGUCACAGCGAACACAAUAACACUCUGUGAUGUCUCCGCGCUGACGUCAGCGGCUCGCGAGGAGCCAAAAGUGUCUCCCUGCAAAGACAGAAACAUCAAAUAUUGAGGAUUUGGCUCGGAGACACGAAGCCGGCUAAAUAGGUAAUUACGCACAGAUGGUCUGAGAGAGUGUGUGUGCGUGUUUGGAGACACAAAAAUAUCAUACAAAACACACACACACACAGAGUCGAUUGUGACCUGUAAUUAGUCAGCUCUUCAUUCAAACCAAUUAUAGAUAUUGUGCGAGUCCUCGUCAUCGUAAAGCGCGACAAAGGUCAAAAAUAACUCUCUCGUCUUUUCAUUGACUUCUGGGGGGAGAGAGUUCGUGUGCAGGUGUGUGUAAAGCCCGGGGGCGCUCUUCGGAGUUUCUUCGUGAAAGUAGAUUGGAGAUGACGGGAACAGAAGCAAAAAUAGAGAGGUCAAUAAACAACGAGAGAAAGAGAGAGAGAGAGGGAGAGAGGGGGAGCAUCUAGUGUCACAAUAUCUGAUAUCGUCUCAUUUUUCAUCCCUUACAGUUCACUAAUCUGAGUCAGUGUGUGUGUGUGUGUGUGUGUGUGUGUGUGUGUGUGUAAUCUACACUCCCAGAGAGUCAUGAUGAUGGACUUCUGAUCCAUCUGAACCAGACAGUGAAGAACCUGAACUCAACAUUCAGCAGAGAUAUUAUAACCUAAGACGGUCAGAAAUGGAGACCAUGUGAUCCAUCGAGAAUUUAAUCAAAAUUCAAAUAUGAUAAAUAUGAUACACACUCUAAUCUAUAAUAAGCGUAUAAGUAACACACAGUCAGUGUACGACUGAUACAGAGUCAGAAUUAGGAGAUUAAAGGUCUCAUGUUGGAUUAAACUUCAAUUUAAAGGCGUGGUCGGCAGGGUUCUGUUAGAGAAGUAUCUUUAUUUUUUUUGGUGUAUUUACAAAAAAUCUUUUAAUAUCAGUCAAUGGUUAUUAGUGAUUGAUGUAAGUGAAUUUGAGAACACUAACACUAAAUAACACAGUAAAAUUACAUCAUGAUCCACGUCUAAUUAAUGUUCAAAUUUAGGAUACAUCCAUAUCACAGGCUUUUAUUUUGAAAUAGUUUCUGCUUUACGUUUAUGUUGCUUAAUUUCCUACAUUUAUAAACCAGGCUUUUAUUUUGAAAUAUAAGCCACUUCCAGCUCCUCAAAAGUUUAAGAUUUCACUUAUUUUGUCACCUGAAGAGACACAAACUCAAACACAGUGUUUGGGUUUUUAAAAGAGCAGAGUCGAGACGGUUCACAGGCGGCCUGCUGCUGCUUCUUCGUCUCUCAUGAACUCACAGUUUUACUGCAAACUUAUUCUGAAAUUCAGAUCCAUCAGUAAAGAUGCUCAGUGUUUGAUUCUCACAGGCGUUUUUAUAUCAUUAUUAAAUGGCGUCGAUGGAGUUAUGACUGAAAGUGUGACGAGAAGAGUUUCACUGAGGUGGGAUCGGAGUGUCAGGAUACUUACAGCUCAAGUGGGCAAGCAUGGGUCUGAGUCCAGGACAUGCUGUCCUUAAAGAAACAUGAUCUACGGCUUCAGCUGAGGUCAAAACUCACAUGUGGAGUUCAACUGAAUACAAAUGAAACUCCUCGGUGUCAGUGAAGAGGUCUGUCAAACCCACUUCUGUCAGGUCUAGAGGCGCUACUGCCACUCUGAGAGAAGAUCCUGAUAAGCUCUUGGCUUUGAUAAAACCCUCUACCUGACCUGCACCUGCACCGCGGGGCUUUUCUCGGAUAGAUGUCCUGCUGAGAGGUUGGGAUGAUUGCAGAAAGACAAUCAGAAAUAGUUAAAGCGUCUGUGAGAGGAUCCAUGACGGAGCGAACCGGCAGAGGCUGAGAGAGAUGGCUGUUAUCUGAUAGUCCUUGACCCUGUGACCUGAAUACUGUGCGGAUGGACUGAUGAUGAGUGUGUGAGUGUGAGUGUGUGAGUGUGAGUGUGAGUGUGUGUGUGUUCCCAUCUGCCAUCUCUCUGUUCAAACCCUGUGGGACUGACCUGCAUGUGUUCUUAUUAUUCUGCAUAAAAACCUCACAUUCCUGCCGCAGAAGCACUUAGAGACACCGUUUCCUGCGUGUGUGUGAGCGCCUCUGCCUCUACCUGUUGUGUGCAUGUGUGUGUGCAUGUGUGGAUAUGUGUAUGUGUGGUCGUGUGCAUGUGUGUGUGUGUGUGUGUGUGUACUGCUGGCUAAUGACUCUGCCUCUUCCUCCUUCCUAAUGACCAGGAUGAAUGAUGAGGCCAUUGACUGUGCGCUGCGAAUAAAUCUCUCACACCGAGAACAGAACAGAGUGUGUGUGUGUGUGUGUGUGUGUGCGUGUGUGUGUUGUUCGUUUGCUUUCCGUUCAUUUUACAGUUUAUCUAAAAAACAAGCCAGUACAUGCUGCAAAUUGUUGCACAUUCUGUAGAUCAGAGCAAUGUUAAAUACUUGAUUCUGAUUGGUCAAUACUCCAUAGCAACAGUCUGUUAUUUUUGGACAGCAUGGUGUUGCUAUGGAAACAGCUCUUAUCACUCUAACAGACCAGCUGUGGAUAUUAAAAAGCCUCGAAUAGGCUAGUUAUCGACUAUGAGCCUUCAUUUAAGUCAACAUUUCUCUUUAGAUUAUUUAAUAAUUUCAUCGGAGAUACCGAUGAAUUAGUACCGAUUUUUAAUCUUUUUAAUUUUUACUUUCUGCUAUUGAUUUAAAGGUCGCAAAAAGUGAAAAUUUUCAGUUUAAAGUGAGAAGUAACGGCUAAAUUAGUUUAUUUCACGAAGACCUGAGUUAAAUAUGAGGGUAUUUUAAAAAGAAGAAAUAUAAUCAGUUUUAAAUCAAUUAAAAAACAUCAAAAUUAAGAUUCAGGGUAAAAAUAUUGAUUACUUUAGUAAGUGGCUGAGUAAAAAAGCAGAAUAAAGCUUCAUAAGUUAUAAAAAUGUCUUUAUAAAUCAGAGUAAGGGGACGUUAAAGUGGUUUAAAAUGCUCUUAUUUAAUCAUUUCAUCGGAGAUACCGAUAAAUCGCUGCCGAUUUUUACUUUUUUUUUUUAAUUUUGACUUUCUGCUACUGAUUUAACAGUCGCAAAAAGUGAAAAUUUUCAGUUUAAAGUGAGAAGUAACGGCUAAAUUAGUUUAUUUCACGAAGACUUGAGUUAAAUAUGAGGGUAUUUUAAAAAGAAGAAAUAUAAUCAGUUUUAAAUCAAUUAAAAAACAUCAAAAUAAAGAUUCAGGGUAAAAAUAUUGAUUGCUUUAGUAAGUGGCUGAGUAAAAAAGCAGAAUAAAGCUUCAUAAGUUAUAAAAUUGUCUCCAUAAAUCAGAGUAAGAGGAGGUUAAAGUGGUUUAAAAGGCUCUUGAAGUAAAAGAGCACAGUCUGUUUAUAACCUGAUGUCCCCUCCCAGUGUUAGCCUAGGAAGCACUCAGCGCUGACAAAGACGACACCUGAUAAUAUCAUGUCCUCUCGGAGCGUAGGAAAAAGACGUCCCUCUAACGACAUAAUAACAGCUUUAUGGCUUUUAAAGUCGCUCCUCAGAACAGGCAGAGUGCGUCAGAAAACCCAGAAGGACAACAUCUUCUUUACUCAGCACAAGAUGUUCAGGACAGCUGUCACAACGCCGAGGCUGCGUGGUGAGAAACGGCGUUCGACGCUGAGGUGAGAGCUGCUGAAACCCCGAGAGUUCUGAUGGUUAGAGGAGUGGGAGGAUGUUUUCUAUCAUUUUUAGAUGAAUCUGCAAGAAAGUUAAAGGGAUAAAAUUAAUUUAGGGUCAAACACACUGAGUUAUAGACACCUCCUCCAGAGAUGAAUGUUAGAGGUGUUCCAGGCCGGCCCAGGACCAGGUGGAGGGAUUAUAUCUCUCGCCUGGCCUGGGAGCGCCUGGGAAUCCCCCCAAAGGAGGAGCUGGUGGAAGUGGCUGGGGUGAGGGCCGUCUGGGCUUCCCUCCUGAAGCUGCUGCCCCCGCGACCAAGACCCGUAAAGCGGAAGAAAACGGCGAAAAAGACGAAUAUCCCUUUGAACCCCUUUUAGGUCUUAUCUCUGAUCUGCGUUUCUUUGAUAGAAGGACGGCUCUCGAAGUGGUCUCACCUUUUUUUCUUCUUGAAAUCAGGGUCUGAAAUCUGCCACACUCAGGGACGGUCAGGAUGUAUUUCCCUUCCAGGUUUUAUCAGGAGCUCGGCGAACCUAAGCGAUGCUCUUUGAGAUGCAGAAAUGUCUGCAGCCUCAGGGAAAUCUCACGGACGAAAGCGAAAGCAUUUUCAGAGAAUGUUUUUAUUAAUCAAGAACGAAAGUCGGAGGUUCGAAGACGAUCAGAUACCGUCGUAGUUCCGACCAUAAACGAUGCCAACUAGCGACGCGGAAAGAGUUUGGCAUCGUAGUCACGUUUGACCGGAUAAUGAUGCCGUUUUCAUCUUUUGAUGAUUGAACGUUUUAAUCGAGAUGACUCUGACACCAAAAGCAUAAAAAAAAACCUAAAACACUCAGUCCGCUUUGAAAGAGUCGUCCUGUACCAUCAUUGAGCUUUUGUCUGAUCUCAGUCCGUGUUACAGAGUCUGUGUGGACCCGUGUGAGUCUGAAGGUCAUUACCGACUCGUUGAAACCCAAAGGUGAUGAGACUCAAACUGUCACUCUGAUACUAAUGAGGAUCCAGGUGUGAUGAGGAGUACCCUCAGGUCUGUAUCCUCCUCUUUCUCCUGUUAGAGUGAACUCGUGGACGUCCAGACCACAUUCAGGCACUUUGAUUGAAUUCAGACUGGAGUGAUGGUCUUAAACCAGCUCCUCUUGAGUCAUUACAUCAUUUAUGCUCAUAAUAAUAUCUCUUAACGCCCGCUCCUUUAACCCCGGGCUUUUAUCUGUCUCACAUCCCGACUAAAAGAAAGUAUUAAAGCCAAAUUGGCCAAACCUCCGCUGAGUCUGUUCCCGACUCUCCCUGUGUCGCUCCGUUCUCACCAUAUGUUCGUCUCUGGCUGGUUUAGCACUUUAAUAUCAUCACAUUGAGCUCAUUAUCGCAAUCUGGGCUCAAGUGGAUUUCAAGUACAGAAGUUAUUAUUAAUUUCUUUUCACUACGAUGGUAGGUAGUCGGAUUGAAAACCUGCUUUUUCCUCUUUCAGUAUUUUUAGUUUGUUUUAGAACAAAUGUGACGCUCUGUGCGCUGAAUCAAACCAAACAUAAAAAUCUAAAUCUAUGGGAUCCAUUUUUAGGGUUUUUUUUAAUUUAGUUUGUGAAUUAGUCUUAAGAUUCCUCUACUUGGUCAACUUUCAAGAAGCCUCUUCAACUCAUAAACGAGACCAGAGCUCAUGUUAGACGUAAAAAUGACAAUAACCCGUCAUCUAUGAUUCACAAAACAAAAGGAAAAGGACCCAAAAAUGCAGGACUAAGGAUUUAUAAAGGCAAGAAAACACUGACAUCGACAAACACAAACACAACGAACCAACAAAGACAGAGGAGAAGACGGGGACUUAAGGUGGGGUAGGCAGGAAUCAGUUAAAGAAGAAACAUCUGUUUUUGUGGUUUAUAUACAAAAGAGCUUUUAAUAUCAGUCAAUAGUUAUUAGUUAUUGAUGACAUCUGGUAAUAUAUCAAUAUCUCUGUGUUCUCUUCACAAAGCCGUUCUCCACCUCCUCUAACCUGAUUGGUUGUGAGGCAGACGCUGCUCCCCCGUGUCGUUCAGGAGCCCAAACAAAGUUAGCGUGCUACAAUAUCGGACAGUAGAAACCAACCAGAAAGUUCGGAAAAUUGUCUGAAUCCUCCUUUGGCCACGACUGCCGACACAAGCAAGAAAACACUCAAACAUAAACAGUCAGCAAGAAAACAGUCAACAAAAAACAGUCAGCAAGAAAACAGUCAACCAUAAACAGUCAACAAGAAAACAGUCAGCAAAAAACAGUCAGCAAGAAAACGUCAACCAUAAUCAGUCAACAAGAAAACAGUCAGCAAGAAAACAGUCAACAAGAUAACAGUCAACAAGAUAACAGUCAACCAUAAACAGUCAACACCAAAACAGUCAACAAAAAACAGUCAGCAAGAAAACAGUCAACAAGAAAACAGUCAACAAGAUAACAGUCAACCAUAAACAGUCAACACCAAAACAGUCAACAAAAAACAGUCAGCAAGAAAACAGUCAACAAGAAAACAGUCAACAAGAUAACAGUCAACCAUAAACAGUCAACACCAAAACAGUCAACAAAAAACAGUCAGCAAGAAAACAGUCAACAAGAAAACAGUCAACAAGAUAACAGUCAACAAAAACAGUCAACACCAAAACAGUCAACAAGAAACAGUCAGCAAGAAAACAGUCAAAAAGAAAACAGUCAACAAGAUAACAGUCAACCAUAAACAGUCAACACCAAAACAGUCAACAAAAAACAGUCAACAAGAAAACAGUCAAAAAGAAAACAGUCAACAAGAUAACAGUCAACAAGAAAACAGUCAACAAGAAACAGUCAGCAAGAAAACAGUCAAAAAGAAAACAGUCAACAAGAUAACAGUCAACCAUAAACAGUCAACAAGAAAACAGUCAGCAAAAAAACAGUCAACAAGAAAACAGUCAACAAGAAAACGCUGCUCCCCCAUGUCGUUCAGGAGCCCAAACAAAGUUAGCGUGCUACAAUAUCGGACAGUAGAAACCAACCAGAAAGUUCGGAAAAUUGUCUGAAUCCUCCUUUGGCCACGACUGCCGACACAAGCAAGAAAACAAAGUAAAUACCGGAGACUCUGGAGGAAUAACGGGCGCUUAAAACGGAGGUAGACCGGACAAGAGCUAAAAAGCCGGGUCAACAUAAACCAUGGGGGACGCUUGGGGAUCUUGGUGACCCUGUAACCUUUCUGCUGGACAGGUAAACCGCUUUAACAAAGUAAGACAAGUGUCUGUAACAGAAGUGUUUCUUGUCAAACGGACCUGCUGUAGCGUGUUGUAGCGCCAUCGCUAAACUGUCCUCCCUCGGGUCCUGGACUAUUUCACUUUAUCCUCGUUGUAGAAGUCCUGCAAACAUUCAGUAGCACCAAUAGACGAGACGCAGGUGAAACUCAUAGGUGAUUAACGAAGGAAGGAAAACUAGGGAAAACCCUGAUACAGAUAAUUAAUCAAAUAUUGAAUAUCAGCCCUGGUAAUUGGCCGUGAUCGAUCACAGGUUUAAUCUUAAACCUGGUUUUGAGCUCAAGCUCGCCAAAGUCUGUUUGGAGGUUCAGGAUAGAUCAUGGUUUUGGCUUCAUUCAUGCACCAACAUUGAUUUGCUUUGGGUAUUUUGAAAUAAGAGUGGGGUGGUGAAUAUAGAAGGAUAAAAAGGUCAUAGGUCAGGACCACAGCCUUCACCCUCAUGUCUCUCUCUUGUUUUAAAUGAUCCGUCUCGGGAUAAAACCGCGUCUGUUUCCAAACGGAUCCUGAUGCAUGACGGUAAAAGACGUCAGCAUUUUUUCGCUGUGUACGACUGAGCAACAUGUGGUUCGGCAGAGACGCGCACACACUCACACACACACACACACACACACACACACACAGGGGGACGGUCUUGGCGGGGUUAACGGUGUGUGCUAUCAUCCCUGCUCUGGGCCUCCGUGAGCCAUUUCCCUUAAUGAGAGCCUCAGAUGGUGCAGCAGAGCUCGACCAUUUACCAUCAUCACCGCUAAUUUCUGCCGCGCCCGCCCCGAACAGGCCAACGCUUCCACCCCUGACUGCGUCUGUAACCAGCAGGCUCCUGGACUUAGCCCUGAUUUUUAUUACAAAGGCCAACUACCCUCCUUUUUUUCCCUUUUUCCGCUGAGUGCUUCAUUUGCAUCACAGUGAGCAGUAAAUCAGGGUUUGAUGGAAAUUGGAGGGAAUUGAAUCUGGAAAAUGAGCAGGUGAUUUACGCCGUUUAACAAGCAGAGCCGAUGUGAGUUUAACCCUUAAACAAUCGCAGCGUCAAAGGAAGGACGUCAGCGAGACGAACCCGCAUGACCUUCUGACGCUGAUCCUAAAAAUACAACAAAUAAUCACGACCUUCUGUCAGCUGUUAUAUAAUUCAGUCUCAUAGAAACAGAAAAGGAGGUUUUUUCAAUUUAGCGUCGAAACACUCCAUUCAGCAAGAAUCCUGACCUGCGAGGCUGCCGUCGCUGAAUUUAUUCAUCCGGCGAAGAAAUCAAAGCCUGUUUUUGUUCCCUUUAAUGCCCGGUUAAAGCGGAGAAGUGUGUGCGCCAUCAUUUAUUCAUCUGCUCCUGUCGCUUUUGUCUCUUGACAAAACGGCGUCCGCACAUCUGCAAGCAGAUGGCGAGUCAUAAUUAUCCAUCAAGUAGGCAGAGAUGGACGGAGUAAAGGAGACUCCACCCACCAGCGGAGGCGUCUCAUUAUCAGAGGGGGGGGGGGUUCAUGUUCGCCUAUGUGGUGGUCAGAGUCUGAUAGAUGUAAAAUACUUAGAGAGUGAACGCAACUUUCAUCAAGGGAGGAGGUUUUGACAUCGGUGGAGGACACAAAAUAGUCCUCCUGAAAGUUUGUUUUUUUAUAUUUACAAUCAAAAUUUCAAACAAUUAAAGUCAGAAAAUUAUCAUGUUUAUAAUGUUCAUAAUCAUAUAGUUUGAUGGUAAAUUCAUCGCCUGAGGAUUUUACUUUCACACAAUUAUUACGUGUAAUUUAUUCCCCCUAAAAAUAUGGAUGUAUAAAAUCACACGAUCAUCUGAUCUAGAAUUUUAGACGUCAUUUCACCCCGAUGACACCAUGGAUGAGGAGAUGCUGAUUCUAGAAGUCUAGAAGUAGAUUUCCUCCUCUGGAAGGACACAAUCUACUGCUUAUAUGGUUAGCCUCUGUGGCUAAGAGACAACUUGAUAUCGCGUGAUUGAACGUGAAUCUGCGGGUUCUUGUGAGUUCUCGCGAUUCCUGCUGUCUAAUCUGCCACAAAAUCGCCUCACCAAAGGAUCCAGUAGGAGUUGGCGUACGGCGAAAUGGAUUGGAGCUGUUCCAGAUGCUGUGGAAAUCCCGGGUUAGUCUGCAGGCGAGUUUUGUUAGCAGAAGUCUAAGUUAGCAGAGCUCGCACCACCAGACUUUGGUUCUCAACUAAAAAUCCACAAACCUGUCCUGUUGCACUGUGAUCUGACACUUGAACCAGACAUCGGUUUGUCUCCGGGUCGUCGAGUAUCCUCCCCGACUCACAGCAGGUUGCUGCACUAAAUGUUAGACACAUCAUAUGACCGGCGUUGUGGGUCUACAGUAACAAAAAAGUGUUUUGUACUUUCAACUUCCUGUUUCCAGCUGUCGUGUGUCGACGUUAAAGUCCCAGAACCACUUGCUGACUGUUUCCUGAAGGCUUGAUGAAGACUCCUUUUUGUUUAACGGAUAAUUUCUGUGUUUAAUGAGGCGCAUGUGUGGUUUAAUGAUAACCCGGCUGAGAGACGUGAGCACUAAUUACAUCCGUCCUUCAAACAGUCAAUGAAUGUUUCUCUUACCUCUCUAACCUAAAAUGAAAACACUCUCAGACUCCUCUAUAGAUGGAUGUCCUAUUGAACGGCCCCUUUUGUGAUGGUAAUCCGACAUUUGGACGGCUUUAACGAACAAUAACUCCCCGACACAUAAACGAGGCGUCGAUAAUCUCUCUAUUAUUGAAUAAACCGUGUUUGUAACCGCAGCUCUCAGUUACAACAACACGACGGCCUCUGCCGACGUUUUCUGAGGACGCUCCGAAAAUAUUGGAAUUCAUUAAAAGCCCAUCAGAGGUGUUUGUGUGUCUGCAUGUCAUUAACAGGCGGACAAACAAAUCGAAGAACCUGACGUCUGUCUUUGGUUUCGUCUUGAAGGACAAAAAGGAAAACUCUGAGGAGAGAGAAAAGAAACAGACACAGUAGACGGUGAAAGGAUGGUAGACGGAGAAACAGUUGAGCGCUUAGUGUCAAACUUAUUAAACAUUAAAAUUAUGAUAAUCAAACCCAAAACCCCGGAAAGGUUUCGCAGCCCAGUUCGUUCUGGUUUGGGGUUUUUGAUCGACGUAGUACGCAUCAAAACACCUGGCGUGACGCGUUAGCAAGACGCAAAAAUGACUUUUUUUUUUUAUACAGCUCUGUGAAGUUUGUCCUUUUUGCGUCCUUUCUUCGUCUGUCGAGGUUUCUUUACUGCCCGGCUUCAUUUUCAGUCAAACUGCUGCUACAAACACAUUUUUUUUAAAGUGUGUGUAAACAUUUGGAGCGGGCUGCCCUUCUCGCCAAUAAGUCAAGUUUGAUUUUUCUGGAUUUGUCUUGACUUGAUUUUCCCGUCUGUCUUCAGUGACUUUUAUCGUUGUCUCCUGCUACAUGUUCUCGUCCUGUUCCCGGUGUGUCAGGUCGACUUUUACUGUUUUCUGAGUGUUAUUAUUUCUUAAAGGCAUGGUUGACAAUUGGAGAGAUUGGUAAUUGAUUUGAACCUCGUUUCUAUGGCGAUCAUGGUCCUAUAGUGAGAUCUCCACAAAGUGGAGAAAAAAGAACAAAAAAAUCCGUUCACCCUAUCAGGUACAGAGCUGCAAAAACAUUAACCAGUGGGAGCCAUCCGUCCCAGACAGCUCCUAUUGGUCAAUCUCCUGCUCUGCCUCUCCAUCCAAUCACCUUGCUGUAUUCGAUGCAACCCUUUCCCAUAGAUCUUGUCUCGUCCCCUCCCACUCUCCCGGCGGAAAUGUGACCAAGCGAGGAAUCUAACUUGAAUAAACAUCAGGUCAUCCUUGGAGCGGUGGGGAAAGCUCCGCCCUCAGUUCACUUUUAUCUCCUUUUAUCGUGGCUCAUGUUACAUAAAUAACUCUGAUUAGUCUCUGACAUGUCAACACGGUAGCUGUCCAGGCAGCUGCAGACGGCGCUCGCUAGCAGAGCUGGCGUUUACUGCCGCUAGUCACUAACAAUCCGACAUGGUGAAUCCUAUUUGAAGCUAGCGUAGGAUCUGGGUGGGACGCUUUUUUCAAAUCUGCCUAAACUGCUUCUCAGAUCGUCGACCAGGACUUAAAUUUAGACUUUGGUGACCCUGAUCUUGGUUUGACCUCCUGGUCUUGAUCAGCUUCACCUGCGUCUCCCGUGUUUCGUGUCUUGGUGCUCUCCUUCUCCUGUCCAUGUCGGUUUCUCUUCUUUGAGUUGAGUUGGACUUCUCUUCACGCUGUUUUACCCUCUCUAAGAUUGUUAAAGUCUUCGUGUGGCUUUGAGGCUUUGAGAAGUUUAACUCGACCUUGUUUGUUCUUUUGCAUCGAGGCUCUUUGAGGGAAAGGUUUUCAGAGUUAAUCAAGCUGUUUGUGAUUCAGGCCUCAAUGCUCUGCAGAGUCUAUUAUCGUGGUCCUGAUCCACGCUGGCCUUGAAGGAUAUAGUAAAGGUAGUUUCUGCUUUGCAUAGACCUGGAUAUAUCUGAAUAUUAACCACAGAUAUGAUCAGAAGUGAGUCUUUAAGACAAAGGCAAUAAUAAUGAUGUGAAGGCUGAGUUAUCUGAUCAUAACUGCGCUCCAUCAUCUGCAUACCUCGAUUUAAUUUUCCUUCUUUUGUCGUCUCACGUCUUUUUAAAGACUCUUAUCAACCUGAGCGAACAACUGACCAAACACAGAGGGCUGUCUUUAGCUCCCAGGAUGCACCUGGAGUUGAUCCCAGGUUGCCGAUUGGAUAACAAGCUGCGGUCUCAGGUGGCAGCCACAGAGGGGGAAAAAAUCUGGAUGUUUAUUAAAGCAAAUUCAAUAGCUUGAAGUGGUUGACUCACCUUUGAGUAACACGAGGAGCAGCACAGUGAAGCAAAACAAACACCGCCAUUCAUAUGGAAAUGUCAUUAUAGUGGAGCGGACAAAGGAGAACCACGCAGCGUGUGGGUAGUCUGUCAUUUUUGGGUGUUUUUGUCUUUAUUGGAUAAGACAGAUGGAGAGAGAGAGAGAGGAAAUGACAGGAAGUAGAAGGAGGGAGCGAUGCAGCAAAGGGUCGUGGUCAGAAUUCAAACCUGCGACCUUCCGGGGCGCGCUCUAAACCGCUAAGCCACGCCGGCGCCCUGGGUGAUUAAAUUGUUGAUGUGGAAGGACAGAUAGAGCUGAGGAGGAGAUACGUGAGGAGGAGAGAGAGGCGGGGAGGGAUGGAUUGCUUCGAGAGGAUGAGUGAGCUCGUGAGCGUCGUGGUCAAGCCCUCUAAUUGGACACUCGUUGGCGUGAAGUGUUUGUGGAAAACAGAGACGUCUGUAUUUUAUCCGAGGGCUUUAUAAUGAAGGAAAAGAAGACGGAGGCAUGAUUUGAUUUUACGCAGAUGUAAUGAAAAAAUUAUAUUAUCAGUCUGGGUUCGCAAGACAAUCGAAUCGUAACGAUAUGAAAUGUAAUAAAACGAAACAAUUUAGAUUUUCCUAUUAAGGUGGAAAGAGAAAUUAAUGAAGAGAGUGAAUUUUUAAAAAGUACGUCAGAGAAGAGGAAAAGGUAGGAUGAGAAAGAAUAAGAUCAGAGGUGAAGAUCAAUAACUGGUUUAUUUAUGUUACACCUUUAAAACGAAGGGUGAAAACAGCUUAAGUAGAGGUUAAAGGGCAGAUUAUGACCAAAAAGACUGAAUUGAAGUCUGGUGACCAUACGUCCUCUUUUACCCAAACAUGUCCUCUUUUUUGGGGGGCUGUCCGGUCUGUCCGGGAGUUUAUAAAAUCCUUCAUAUGUCCGGGGUUUUGUAUGGAAGUUUCGAGUUUGUGUCACGUGGACAAAUUGAUUUAGAAGCACUUAAAAGACACUCGAUCCGACCUGAAAAACUCAAAAUUAACUACCUGUCACUUUGCGACUCCGCCCCCCAGGUAGUUGUGUCCUUUUUGGUGGGAUUCAGAAUAUGGUCAGAUUAAUUGAAGCAAAUUUUGAGCUACUAAACAGUAUCGAAAAGCAGCUACGCUUCUAGUCCUCAGGUCUGAGAGGAAGGUGUAUCUGUGUGUCGUCGGUAUGGAAGUAAAUCUGUGUCAUCUGAUUUUGAAUUAAAAUUUCUUAAGCUGAAAUUUUUUGCAUCAAAAUCAGACUUUGAAUUUGCAUUUUUAUUUCUGACUUUUUUUUCACAAUGAUGAAAUAAAUUCUGUGUAAAAAAAAAAAAACAAGGUCUCUCAAAAGAUUUGUUUCGUAAAAAUUCAACUAAAAAAAUGUAAAAAAAAAUUAAACAAAAAAAUGUCAGUGUCAAAUACUUCAUGGUUGAUCGUCAUGGAUGUGGUUGUCGGUCUGUUUUUUUUACAGUUUUUUUUAGUUGAAUUUUUACAAAACAAAUAUUUGAGAGACCUUUUUUUUUAACACAGAAUUUAUUUCAUCAUUGUGAAAAAAAUAAGUGUGAGAAAUAAAAAUGUGUGCUUGAAAUUCGUUGGUUUUGAAAUUCACAGUCUGAUUUUGAUUAGAAAAAAAAAUAAAAUCAGCUUUAGAAAUUCAAAUUCAAAAUCAGAUGGCACAGAUUUACUUCCGUACGUCUGCCUGGCGAGAAAAAGAGAUUUUGUUAUUUGGCCAAAUUUGCAGCAUAUGAAUAGGAAAAAAACAGGACCUAGAACUGAACCUUGCGAGACACCACCAAAUAAGGUUUAACAAAUAGGAGAGAGAAGUCAAAGCGCGGGUUUGUUGACGAAACACGACUUUGAUAGUUGUUGUGAUGUUUACUGCAGAAAGGGAGAAGGUUAAAUAAGAGGAGAGGUACAGGAGCGAGAGGUAGAGGCAGAAAAAGAGAUGAAAUUUGAGGAGACAGGAAGCAGGGAAGAGGAAACCUCUGAGGACAGAACUGGGAAGAUAAAGAUGUGAAAGGACGGAGAGGUGAUAAAAGGAGAAAAGCGAAUCCCCUCAGGACGGCGAAGAGAGGGUUUCCAGCCCUUACAGGAAAACUCUGAUCUCCACUAAAGAGGACGCUGCAUGAAACUCCUCCUGCGAGUUAUUAACCAAUCAGUGAGCAGAGAGAGACCUGUAUGGACUGCAACAGCUCCAUGUAAGCCGUCUUAGCAGGACAUGCAGUUCCUUUUAACACUCAGAAUAUAUCAAAGACGUGACUGGGCACAAACCCUCGUAUAUUUCAGAUGAUCUCCUCCUCCUCCCAGAUGAUCCUGAUUAGCAGCAGAUAAACAGGCCACAGGUCAUUGCUUUCUCCCUCUACUGCUCCCAUAUCCAAUUAGAUGGCCUUUGAAUUUAUCCACUGAGACAUGGAGCACCAUCAAACCCUAUCCAAACUAAUUUCACACAUGAUUACACCCGUGCCCUCAGAACAAUAGUGCGAUGAUAGGUGUGAUGAUGGCUGACAGGGAAUGUGGAGGAAAAACGCAGGUUAGAUUCAACGCAACACAGACUCUCUGAAAUAUUCAACAUGUGAGCCGUUUUUAUCUCCUCUGCAGCGAAACAUCUUCUUCUAAUGCACAUGAGGAAGAAAAUCAGCUUAUUGAUUAAUCAUAGGGAAACAGCUACAAAAUGCAUGAAAUAUUGAAGCUUUUGAUUGGAGCACAAUGUCCGUAAUGUUCAGUUAUGAAGUUGUAAAGUAAGGCGGGGAUUGUCACUUUUGAUUGACACGAACAGCAAGUUAAAGGGAUAUUCCAGCGUAAAAUUAAGUUAGGGUCAAACACACAGUAACACUGAGUUAGACGCCCUGUCGAAAGAUGAAUGUUGCCGACCGCUUGCUUCUCUAGUUAUACCAACUUUAGUAACGACCAUGGAAAGCACUCAACCAAAACGCCACUCUAUAGCCACGAAUAAUGCUCAGAACAGCACCUAACUUCAUCAACAGGACAUAUAGGGUCACAGACAUAGUACUAGACACCAAACAUCUUUUUAACUUUGACUCAUUUCUUUAACAAAGAGACUAAACACAACUCACCUACUCUCUUCCAGCAGACGCUUGUUUGUAGAGAGACCUCAGGACAGUACAUUACGGACUACAGCGGGGUGACGCAGCUCAAGGAAGAACAUUUAUGAUCAUUUCUUCAUGGAAAUACAAUCAGACCGAGACGCUAAGACAGAAGAACUACCGCGUCUGUAAAAUGAUCAAUAUGGUGAUUAUUACUUCAAGGAAAUGAUAAAGAAAUGAUCAUAAAUGUUCUUCCUUGAGCUGCGGCACCCCGCUGUAGUCCCUAAUGGACUGGCCUGAGGUCUUGCUACAAACAAGCGUCUGCUGGAAGAGAGUAGGUGAGUUGUGUUUAGUCUCUUUGUUAAAGAAAUGAGUCAAAGUUACAAAGAUGUUUGGUGUCUAGUACUAUGUCUGUGACCCUAUAUGUCCUGUUGAUGAAGUUAGGUGCUGUUCUGAGCAUUAUUUGUGGCUAUAGAGUGGCGUUUUGGUUGGGGGCGUGGCUCUCUGUAUUGCUAUCCUGCGGUCGUUACUAAAGUUGGUAUAACUAGAGAAGAAAGCGGUCGGCAACAUUCAUCUCUGGAGGGGGGGUCUAACUCAGUGUUACGGUGUGUUUGACCCUAAAUUAAGUUUACGCCGGAAUAUCCCUUGAAGGUCCACUAAACGUCCUUGGACAGACACUCAGUUCUCUGCACCCUCAGCUGCAGCUUUGUCCUCCAUUGUUUGGAGUUGAUUGUUUCUAAUAUCAGCAAAAUCUGCAAAGCAUGAAGGCAGAGGGGAUUCGCACCGACCAUGCACUUGUUGCAGAUUUCUAAGAUAAUAUUGCGUACCUGAAUUAACACAGUCCUAUAAAGCAGAACAUAUUUUUAUCAGAGUGUUUCAUCUUUGUCAUGAAAAAAAAUAAAACAUUUAUUGUCAAAAUUCAACAAAAUUAAUGCCGAGCAUGUACCUGGGAGCAGUUUCCUAUUCAGGGACACUAAUGGAGAGAGAGCAGCAGCAGCUCUGGCAGCGGUUUGACGGUUUGACGCUCCAACAAUUAGGCAGCAGCUGUUCGAUCACAGUUCACUUUACCCAACAGUUUGACACACUGCCACACAAAGACGUGCCGAAACAGACGUGAUUACCCUUAGUUAAGAGAACCAGAGAGCGACGAAGACCUCUGCACAGAUGUCUGAACAGCUUCUCUCCCCUCUGCUUUAAACACACGCGCUGUCAUGCAUGCAGAAAGCGCGGCGCUGCCCUCAUUAGAUCGAGAAGGGAAGUCACGAAACUGAGAUCUGAGGAUAGUACAGAGAGAGGAGACUGUACCCUUGGAUGAGAUGUUCAUUAGAGCCUCACCUGCCAUUCUGCCACUGCUUCUGCAACUCACACACUUCGAGUCAUGCAACACUUUGCUGUCACACACGAGUGCGGCGAGCAAACAGCCGCCCUCAGCAGGCAGUAAAUAAUGAAUGUGACUCCGUAAAUCCAGCAUGCAGCGGGCUAAAGCUCGGCUAACAGCAGAGAGCAAUCAAGAGGCAGGUACAGUCUCCUUUCAACUCCUGUGGACAUAACAGCCGACCGUGAGCGGGUGAAGACCUCGGCAUCCUCAUCAUAGCUGUUGAUGAAGACGAGGCCGCCGCAGGGGGAACACACCCCCGACCUCUGUGAUGCAGGGUAGUAUCAUAUGGAGCCAUUAGAGCACCUCUCUCCAUCAGCGAUGCUCAUUUUUCUCCCCACCUCUCUCUCUGUUCCUGCAAAUGUGUUUCCUCGGCUCAAACGCCGAGCAGCCUGUUCCUCUCUCUGCUCCUUUUCAGGGUUUUCUAACAGAUUCUGAACAAAGAGAAACUCGUCCUGGAAAUGAGCUAAUCUGUCUGUUAGUGGCUCUUUCCUCACGGUUGUUUUGUGUCAUAACGCUUAAUUUAAUCUUAAUUUAAGACAUUUAUUAUAAAUUCAAAUCGCUAUAUGGUAUUUUGGUGCCCUGUGUGAGGCAUUCACGAUUAUUUAGAUGGUCAGAGAUGGAGUCAGGGUUGUCUUGAUGCUCCACUCGUCUUCGUGGAUCUUCUUCUAACAAAGUGAGCUGGGGAAAAACUGCCACACACUCGUCACUUCAGCGCAGACUCUUGCUUCAGUCAGAGAAACUGUCUCUCCUGACUGAGUGUGCCUGCAUUCAAGGUCAAACUGAGGUCGGGAGGUUCUGCCGCUUUUUGGAAAGUGUAUUCAUUUCUUCAAUUAUUCAGAGUGUUAUCUAAACUUGACAGCCGCCAUGCUCCUCAUGAUGCUCCAGAUUCGACGCUGCAGGUGUUAACUUGGAGCCGAUGAAACGUGCACAUUUUUACUGAGGGGACAUUCAAGGUCGCUGUACUUGGUGAAUCAGAGCCAAUCAGAGGCGAAGGAGGGCAGGACCUUACCCUAUCAUCCUACAAAAAAAAAAAAAAUUGCCUCUGGGAAAUUUGGAGGUGACGAGUCGGAACUACGGGAGAGGGGUGUGUCGAAUACAGAGAGGUGAUUGGAUGGAGAGGCGGAGCAGGAGAUUAACCAAUAGGAGCUGUCCGGGACGGAUGGCUCUCAUUGGUCAAUGUUUUUGCAGCCCUGCAGCUGAUAGGGUGAACGGAUUUUUUUCCAUUCUUGUUUCUCUUCACUUUGUGGAGAUCACACUAUAGGACCAUGAUCGCCAUAGAAACGAGGUUCAUAAUAAUGACCAAUCUCUCCAAUCGUCAACCAUGCCUUCCACGCUUAUAUCUCCAUGGCGGCGAUUAAAAGCGUAGACGGACCAGCACGGAUCUGUGUUAGAUCUGAGUUAUUUAUGCUCACGCUGUUACAUCGGCUAAUUUUUCUGUGUCUAAAUGAACUCUGUUGAAUAAAACAGAUGUUGUUUACGUUCAGCUGAAUGACCAGAGUGGAUUACACUGAACGUACGCAAACAGGCUCAUUUACUCCGCCAAGGUCUGAGUUUCUUUCAGCGUAGAGCUGCGUGGUAAUUCUACAUUCACUGUGAAUAAAAGAAGUAGGAUGGCAUGAUGAGUUGUUAAUCUCGAGCAAGGUUGGAGGUAAACAGUAAAAGAGGAUGAAAAACAGUUUUGGUUUAUUUUCUGAAAAGAUUCUGUCUCAUUUGUUUUUGAAAACCUGCAGGUCAGCGGCCUUCACAGACUCCAUACUUCAGCCUGUAGAUUCAGUCCAGAAAAAACAGACAGGAGUUUGUUGGUCAUGUGUAACUUCAGGAUUUACUGUAUGAAAUGAUAGAAUCUGAACACUGUGAAACGAUACAGUCUAAUACGGUACAUUUCAAUGGGAUACCGAGGAGUUCAGUAUCACACGUUACAAUACAGUUUAUACAAUUCAACACAAUUUGAAACAAACAGACCUGAUGACACAUAUUAAUACUGUAAAAGACAAUUUAUAAGGACUUGAUUCAAACAAAGUAAUAUAUAUCAUACAAUAUGAUAUAUGUUUUUAUGUGAUUUCAUACAGUUUAGUAUGAAACUAUAGAAUAUAGUGCGAUAGAGCAUUACUAUACAUAACAUUACUUGACAUUACGUAACAUUAUUUUACCAUAUUUUUACCUUCUGUUACCUGAUGCUGUGUUAUGGGGCCAUACGAUACUUUGCGUUAUGUUGUAUCAUGUUAUGUUAUAAUACAUUAUGUUAAAUUAUGAUACCUUACCUUAUGUGUAUUACACCGUGUUACGUUAGGUUACAUUGUUUUACGUUAAGUUACGUUACAGGUUACCUUAUGUCAUUUUAUGUUACGUCAGUUUACAUUACAUAAAUUUAUAUUAAAUCAGUUUAUGUUGUGCUAAGUUUUGGUAUGUCAUGUUAUGUAACGUAAUGUUACAUUAAAUUACAUUACAUCUAUAAUUCUAUGAUAUGUUUGGUUACAUUGUUUUACGUUACAUUAUGUUGGUUUUCCAUCAGGUUAAGUUACGUUACAUAAUGUUAUGUUAUUUUACCUUACAUCAUUUUACGUUAAUUUAUGUUAAGUCAAAUUAUGUUGCACUAAGUUUUAGUACGUGGCAUUACAUUAGGUGACAAUAUGUUACAUGACGUAACAUUACAUGAUGUAACGUUACGUGACAUUACAUUACGUGGCGUUAUGUUACGUGGUGUUAUGUUCCAUUGCGUGUUACUCCUUCUCUUCACAUCGCAUCACGUCAUUUCGAUUGCGCCUUUUAUGAUAUUCAUCACCUACUUUUGCCUGAAUCUGCUAAACUGCAGCCACUAUUAGGCGAACAAAUUUAACAAAUCAAGAUUAUGUGAUUGAAAGACGACAGGUCGUCUGAUACGAACAGGGAAACACAUUCUUAGAGACCACACACAACAAAUACUGAACAUUAGUCAUAUAACACAAAGGAGCAGCGUAAAUAAGAGAACAACAAAAGAUGAACCAAAGUUCAGCCUCAAAAACAUUUUUGAACAGAGAGGAGAUAAUUUAAAGCGGUUCAGUUUAUGUGAGGAGACGCUGUACUGUUGGCCCAAAGCUAAGAGCUCACUUCCUGGUCAGACAACACUCUGCCUGUCUAAGAACUGGACCAUCAUACACCGACUUGAGUCCAGACCUCCAUGGAGGUUAAAGGAAGAGUAGAUUUUUUUCAGGCGACAGUAAUCCUCAGUGACCUCACUCCUCUAAGACACAUUUAUCGAUCACCCUUUUCUUCCUUUAGAUUGUGUGCCUCUCAUUUCCUCCUAAAUCAGACUAUUGUCAUACGCCCGGUUAUAAAUUAGCAUCAGGCUUCAGUGGAGAACAGUGAGAUAUGAGCCGUGCCUCGUAUAAAUCAACACCGCCGGAAUAAUGCUGAUAUCACUGAUAUGAAUUAAGCUGUAAAUUAUUUCCCUCCAUAUUUCUCUGAGACAGUUCGUUCAGUCGGAUUUAGAGAAAAUGUUCAGCAAAGACCAGAAAAUAAGUGUAGGAUUAGAUUUAUGCUCCUAUCAGUGGAGCUUAGUGGAUGGAUUAUUAAACCGCUAAUCGUGUUUUCUGCUCCGAGGCUUUUAUCACAGCCAGCUUGAAUGGUCUCAUAUCAACUUUAGGUCACAUAGACACGUAAUUGCACACUCAUUUCAGCUUUUUUAAUGAGAUAACUUACAAGAAAAAGUGGUCUUUGUCGAGGCUAAAGGAACAAAGGAACGAAUGCAGAGUCAGACUGAGAGGACCAGGACUCACUGAGACGUCAUUUCCAUAAAACUGAUUUAUGAUAUAAUUUUGUAUCCUCUUCUUCUUGUGCUGUUUGAGGAAAUGUCCCGACAGGUCUUCAAAAUCCAGAGCAGCUCUGAAGUGAUGUGUGUGUCUGUGAUGUUUCGCACGAACGAGACAAGAAAGGAGAAAGAUGGAACAGGGUCCAGUCCAGUCCUGCUUUCUUUCCAUUUUCACCUUCUGCUCGGAGGGAAAAUGUCCCAUCUGUGUCUGAGCCCCACGUCAGUCAGUGUUUCAGUCGGCAGGGCGGAGGAGCGAGUCUGAUUCUGGUCUUCUGUCCCCGAUGAAUCAGCUGAUAACAGAAGUCUUUUUUUUUUUUUAAUGCAGCUGUUCUUCUGUCUCUGUGUGUGAAUCUAAAACACGGCUCAAAGUGAUCAUUAAACUCAUAAUUAUAGAUCCAAACAGCUGGAGUUUGUAUUUUAAAUGUUGAUGAGCAGCUCCAGAUGUUUCUGAAAAGAUAAUUAUUCAGACUCUGAUGAUCAUUUUCAGAGUUUUCUGACUGCACAGGGCCUCCAGUUUUUUUUUAACUGGACUGAGCCACACUCAGUAAUGUUAAUGUCAUGUAAUAUGAAUUGAUAUAAUAGAUGAUAUUUCACAUAUUUAAUAGAAAGUUAAAAUUCUGCUUUAGUUUUUUUGGCCUUUGUAAAUAUUCAAGUGCAGUUCCAAAAGUUUGAAUAUUAUGAAAAAGUUCGAUGAUCAUCUCGGUAUAAUUUUAAUUUGUAGUAAUUAUAUGUAGAAUGAAAUAAUUAAUGUAAAGUGUUUUUAUUUUUUUAUUUUUUUUAUUGUGACAUUUAAGGCCCAUAGCCCAGGACAAUCACAAUUCAAUACUGAAUACUUAGACUCAAUACUUAGUUGGAGCUUCAUUGGUAGUUUUGGCGCAGUGGGCAGGUGCAAAAUCAAGCUAGUAGAGCAAAUGAGCAUCGAAGUGAAGCUUGUCAGCUUCCAAGUGGUCUAAACUCGCCUGGAUUUAGUCUUGAUAAAACACAGUAGACCCACAGCAGCAGGUGGCAUGGUACUCUUCAAGGAUAUUCCAGCGUAAAAUUAAUUUUGGGUAAAACACACUGUAACACCAUAAAUGUUCUUCCUUGAGCUGCGUCACCCCGCUGUAGCCCGUAAUGGACUGGCCUGAGGUCUCACUACAAACAAGCGGCUGCUGGAAGAGAGUAGGUGAGUUGUGUUUAGUCUCUUUGCUAAAGAAAUCAGCCAAAGUUAAAAAGAUGUUUGGUGUCUAGUACUAUGUCUGUGACCCUAUAUGUCCUGUUGAUGAAGUUAGGUGCUGUUCUGAGCAUUAUUUGUGGCUAUAGAGUGGCGUUUUGGUUGAGGGCGUGGCUCUCUGUAUUACUAUCCUGCGGUCGUUACUAAAGUUGGUAUAACUAGAGAAGCAAGCGGUCGACAACAUUCAUCUCUGGAGGGGGGGUCUAACUCGGUGUUACGGUGGGUUUGACCCUAAAUUAAUUUUACGCAGGAAUAUCCUUUAAUCCCGACUUCUUCAGUGGCUGACCCUCCUUGUGGGGCGAGUCUUUGAUUGUCUUCUGGACAAGUCCUACCCACAUUUGUGGCAUCUUGUCUAAAUCUAGACUAUCACAUCUAGACUUCGAUAUUCAGCCUCUCUGAUUUCGGCAGCUUCUGUUUUACUUCCUUUAACUCUACUUUCUCUAUAAAAGCACCGACACGGUGAUCCUCCUGUUACCUAACACGCUCAGACGACCUGAUAACAGGUACUAUCAGAGCUGGAUAAGCAGAGGAGCGAGUGAGCAAACGUUCAAUAGAAGCGUCCAAUCAAAACUCCAGACUGUCACAGUCUUUUGACGAUGAAUAGAACGUCUUUGUAAUAAAGUCUGGGUCAUUCGCCGGAGUAGAAAUGACAUCCUCAGAAACACUGAGCGUCUCCACUCUCCCUCUUCUCCCAUUUUCUUUUACUGGGUUUCCUAACAGCAUCAGGGGAAAUUACUUUCAGAUCCAGGACCCCCGAGAAGACCAGAUCUCUCCGACUGACAAUUCAUUACUUCCACCAGUUUGGCUGUAGAUAUUUGACGAGGGGAAGGAAAGAUCCAACACAAUUUUUCUACGGACUGAAUAUGUGUAACGAUUGAUCGACUUUCCACUUAACUUGAUUAAUUUUCUCCUGUUCGAUUCCGACAAUUACAUACGACAUCUGUAAACCAAACAUGAGCAGCUCUCUGAAGCGUUAGAGGAAACAGCCGCUGCAGAGUCUGGACUUUCAUAAAGGAGAGGGUGGAGGUAGAAAAACCACACAAAGGUGGUGCAACUUGAUGCAUACCAAAAAGAGAAGAAAGGCAUCGCGGCGCUGUGCUGGGCUUCACAUGCCUGCAGAAUCUCAGCAUCCGUCUGCUAAAGCUGUGUGAUGUGAAACAGAGGAAAAUGAAACCUCCAUAAUGAGGUGCAGAGCUGCUCUCACCCUGAAAUAGACCCUGCAGUCGGGCCCUGGUGGAGUCAGCGGCGGGUGUGUUUGAUGUGUUGUGUUGGAGAUCAUUAAUUGCCCUCUCGCUGGAGCUUGUGUGUUUGUAGUGUCCACUCAGGUCUGCCCCUCUCUGGAUGGAGCGGUGAUUGGCCUAAUAAAGAGGGCUUUUGAUUCUCUGUGUGUGUGUGUGAGGAGAAAAGCAUUAGCCUGACAAGAGUGUGUGUGUGUGAGUGUGUGUGUGUGCCUUUCCAUUAGUGUGACCUGUGGGACUGAAGUGAGUAAACUAAAGGUCCAUUUUUCAUGCCUUGAGUUGGCGGCUUUUCACAGCAGCCUGAAAAAUGUUUGCCAGCUUAUCCAGACUCAGCCUGCGUGAAAUUUCAUCUUUGUUUUUAGGAUCAAAAUACUGACGGACAGACGGACGACGCCACGCUCGUUUAAUUCCAGGGAGAAAAGCUCGCCGAGCCAGUGACCAGAGCUACAGACCUACGAUAAUGAGAAUAAUAUUUAUCUGUUAAACGGACUUAUAAGGGUGGUGAUGGUUUAUCUUUUUACGAGCAAAUCCGCCAAUGGUAGCUGAUCGUAACCAUUCAAGUUAACGUGUCAAUUUACACUUCUUCUGCGGAUCGCCGGACUCCUCAGCUGAUCGCAAUAGUUCUACUUUUCUUGAUGCCGGAGCGUGUCAGCUGCCAUAGCAACAAAGUAACAAGUGCAACAAGUGCCAUAGGUUGCUAUGGGUCCGCUUGGUCAGUUGUGAAAGCAACCUAAGUUAAUUGGAAGCUCAAGUGCACUUAAACAUUUUCAGAUCAGACAGUGACAAACCGAAGCAGAGAUAAGUAAAAAUCUAGUUGUGCAACAUUAAUAUAUGGAGCGAUUAUCCAGUGAUCGUGUUCAGCCUCAACCAAAACUCACUGCAGUUUAGAACGGAUCGACAAAAAGUGCUAAAGCUGCUCAAAAUUAACAUGUCGGGGGAAAAAAAUAGCGACUGCAACGUCAAUCUAAAGCCUCCAUUUCGAUCUUUUUGUAGCCGUUAUCGAUGCGGUGGAAAUCUGGGGUUAGAGUGAUGUCGGCUGUGUGACAGUAUUUUUCGUUAAAGUCCGAAAAAGACGUUGCAGCUGAGUGCAAAACUUGUCGUGCACAAGUUUGUGCCAAUAUAGGAUUAAUAUUUAAUCAUCCCUGAUAUCAUCACUCCCAUCAGCCCCUGCUCGGCGUGUUUACAUGAAGCAGAGUAGAGUAAACUUCAAAAUGCGAGUCCACACUCUGAUCAUGUUCUCUCUUUCCAUAAGCGCUCCUCCUGCACACUUGAACCCUCUUCGCACUCUGCAGAGAUGAGCGUCCAUUGUUGAGCUGCUUUCAGAGACGUUUAAAGACCUGAGGAGAAUAGGGUGGAUGAUGUCGCUCGCAGGAGAGCCGUGGUAAUAACACGGUGUCAGUAUCUCCACAGCUGCUGGAGGUUGUGAAUUGGAUUGUGUGACCGGCAUUGGAAAAGCUUCCUUCAAGACCUUUUUUCUUCUCGAGACUCACGGGGGGAUAAGAAAGGUCCUAUGGUGCAGCGGUAUAGUGAUAAAAAGGUCUUUAUGGUCGUGUAUGAAAGCGGAGAGUGAAAGAGAGGGUGGAUGAGAUACAAAGAGACAAGAGAGGAAGACGAGGACUUUAUGUCAACGCACUCGCCGAGAAUAGGAUGAUUGACACGUUCGUCAGAGGAAAGAUACUUCUCAAGGAAACACUUUCCUCCUAAACUCUGACGACACGUGAGCGUUAGACAUUUUUGUUUAUUCCAGUGAAGAUGGAGGUGACAUGGACAUGACAUGGACUCCUCUACUACUGAGCCAUGAUGUUGUAACACAUGUAAGGAUGUGAUUGGACGUUAUCGAGGUCUUUCCUGGAAAAGUCAUUGUUUGGAUGACAGGAUGUGUCGCUUCAGAACCUGUAAACAUUACAAAGAGUCUACACGGAUGCGGAAGCUACCGUUACCAUGGAUACCUAUGAGUCCUACAGUGUCCAAGCUGUGUGGUCUUUAUCCUCUUUAAACUGGAUGUGGCAGAACCAAACGUUGAAGAGACACAAAGACCUCACAGAUGCAGGAGCUUAAGACAUGUGACCAAUAAGCACAGAUAAAUUUCAUUUAAGAGUAACAGGGAACAUUUAAGAUUGACAAGUGAUUUUUUAUAUCGUGACAUAUAUCGAUAUCAAUAUAUCAAUGAAAUCAAUAUAUUGUGAUAAACUUUUUACCAUAUCGCCCAGCCCUAGCGUACAGUGAAAAUUGCUGCCAUUCCGGAUGCAGUGGAAAUCCCAGGUUAGAGACACAGCAUCUCUACGUUGACGUUUUAGAAUUUUAGGAUUUAUUUUUGGUAUAUUAUGACUGAAAGGAUGUCGGCGGCAGCAGUGCUUAUAAAGACCGACCCCUCGUACUAAACAUGGAGUACAUGAUACAGAUACACUCUCUUCAUACAACUACCAACACUUUAAUAUUCACUCUUCAAAUCAGAUCGAGUAAUGAACGUGCUUUAAAAUUUACAUUAAUAAUCAUUCAUCAUUUUCUCUACAAUAUUGAGAAAUAACAUUAUUCUUGUAAAGUAUCUUAAAGUUUACCAGAGGACGACAUUUUCUUAUUUCUACUGGACAGUCGUUUUGAUAUUUUUACCUGUUUUACAAACAAACAAAAAUUUUUGACAUCUGUUCGUGUUUUCGGUUUCUCCAAUAAUCCACAGCCUCUUCGGGUUCUUUCCAUACCUUGUCAUGUUACCUGUGUGUUAAAAACUAACAGUAUUCAAUUUUUGAUGAAGUGUUGAAAUAAUUGGAAUAUUUUACUUUAAAUCAUCUGGAGCUUUUUCUAACCCUUCUUCUCCAAACUUCGGCUCAUAUUCGAACCUUUCCAGCUGCUGAUGACGCCUGAAUCAUCCCGAGUGAAGUAUUUAAGGUCGUAUCGAGUCCAACAGACACUAAAAACAAACCAACAGCUUCACCUUUAAUGUGACCGUAGGAGGAAUGUGGACAAACUCUCUCUGACGGGGACAUAUAACUCAUCUCAGGAUCCUUCGCUCGCUCUGCUUUUAGAGGCAAUAUUCCUUAUUUUUGUGACUCUUUCAUUCCGGGGACAGUCUCUCUCUUUCCUUGGCAACACUCUCCGCUGUGAGAGACAAAAAGAUCCGGGGGCGAGGUUUCGUGGAAGUUAAAGAUGGACUGAUGGGUGAAAGUGUAAAAGUUAAGCAGGAGAGAGUAAGUCGUGGGCCUCUGUUUGUGGUUUGUCUUUCUCGCCUUUGAGAUUUGAUCGAAAAACAAGAGCACCAAUCUCUCCCACCUCGAUUCAGGCGGUGCACUUCAUUUUCUAAAGUGCGGCUCCUCAACCCUGAGAGGCUCUCAGAGUCUAAAGAAGAUCUCUGUGGACACAGGAGUCGAGUUUUUGAUCUGCGAUACAAAGAGAAGUGACAGGAUCUCUCAUCUAAAGUGUUUUGUUCAUGUUGCUGCUUCUUCGCUCUCAAAAUGUGCCGAAAAUCCACAACUUUAAAAAUGAUAUAAAAUCACUCAGUGGAGGAGAGUUUGGGCUCAUUUGACUUCUUCUUCAAAGGAGUUAUAUGUUGACAUGCAAAUGUGAUGAAUUAAUUAUAUUGUUUUUGUAUCAUAUCCUAUUAAAAUGAAUCAUAUCAUCUAAAAAAAAGUUCAGAAAAUUGUCUGAAUCCUCCUUUGGCCACGACUGCCGACACAAGCAAGAAAACAAAGUAAAUACCGGAGACUCUGGAGGAAUAACGGGCGCUUAAAACGGAGGUAGACCGGACAAGAGCUAAAAAGCCGGGUCAACAUAAACCAUGGGGGACGCUUGGGGAUCUUGGUGACCCUGUAACCUUUCUGCUGGACAGGUAAACCGCUUUAACAAAGUAAGACAAGUGUCUGUAACAGAAGUGUUUCUUGUCAAACGGACCUGCUGUAGCGUGUUGUAGCGCCAUCGCUAAACUGUCCUCCCUCGGGUCCUGGACAAGGUUUCUACCAAAAACUGGAACUAACUCAGAUCCUGACUACCAUACCGUUAACAUGCACGGUUCAUGUCGUCUCCUGCAUGUGGGACCAUCGUCACAGAUGCAUUCUGGGUAAUUAAAAAAGUGCACGACAGCCAUUUCUUAUUAUGAAUGCUCGUGCAUGUGUUCGCUGCACCAUUAUGACGUCUAGAAAACUGAGUAUUGAGUGUUUUUGAUUAAAGGGCCAUUCCCCCAAAUCACCACUUUCUUACCCUUCUAUAAACAGAACCUUAAAUACAAUAAAAUACAUUUAACAUCCACAUAAAUGAACUAAAACCUUUAAACUAAGACUGAGUCUAAAACAGCAGCUCAGCUUAACUCCAGCCUCAGAUCUCUCCGGACACUCGCCGCGGUCCAGACCCUGAGAUCCUUCACAAUCAUGUCAGUGCUUUCUUGGCUCGUUUCCUGCAGCAUCAUGAGAUUCAUUGUUUGUCCUGUAACAGAGGAGACCAGGAUUCCUCCAAUCAGGGAGAUUGUGUUCUGCGGAGCCACCUGAGACACGUCACAUCACUCAGAGCCGAACGCUCGCUGAAUGAAGUGAAGCUCGUCGCGGCGCAGCUGAGACGCAAAGAUGAAAAUCUUCUGCGUCUCUAUUUCAGUCACAUCUUUUCUUUUUUUCAUCUCCACCUUUCGCCUUUACUCACAUCCAACUUUAAUCUUGUUUUUCACACAUGCCACUAAUAGAUUACCCCCUGAACCUUCACGGAAACACAUUAGCAGCUGGUAAUGAUUUGUGGGUUUGCUUGUGCGGCGUGUUUAAUCGAGGGCUUAGAGUUCAAGAUUUUAAUUAGUCUGUUUUUAUUGAAUGUUGGGGGAUUAAAGUUUGCAAAGAGAGAAUCAUGAGCUGAGGUGUUUAUUUGGAGUCGACUUUACGUUGAAACGUAGAAGAUCUCCUAAAACGUUUGUUUCCCGUCGAACCAGAUUUAUGCAUCGUGUUAAUUUGAGUGCUCGCUUUACUGCGGCGUAAAUCUCGGUCAGAGACGCGGGAACAUAUGCACCUGUGAGGGUUCAUCGUCCGACUCUCUGACAGACUCGUCUUCCUCUUCAUCUCUCACUCAUCGUCUUCUCUGCGUUAACAGCGGGCUGAGGGCGGAGGAAGGAGGAUGAAAGGAGCCUAUCUGAUGACUCUUUCAUCCGCCGUGCUGCUCGCUCUCAAAUAUUAAUAAUCACUUUGAAUUAUUCACCAUCCCCCGGCCUGGAGUGAGCGUGCUGUCACACGCUGGCACAAAUGUGGACAGGCUGUCUUGACUCAUGCUGUAGUCCAGGCGACUGCGUAUGUGUGUGAAAACGGAGUGAAUCUGAAUCUGUCAGGGAUCCUUCCACUGGAAACAACACCUGAAAACAUCAACAUGAAGGGAAACGAUCUCUGCUCUUUGGUUUUGAUCGGUAACUCUCCAAACUUCUUCACUUCUGCACAAAAACAGCUUUUUAAACAGUUUCUUUCUUUGUCCCACUUUCAAAUAUUACAUGAUUUUUUUCUCUAUUCUGUUUUGUUUUGUCUAUUUUUAAGGUUAGUCAGGAUCUGAGUUAGUUCCAGUUUUUAGGAGAAAUCUUGAAUGUAAACUCUACCCCUCCCAUCCAGUUUUCCCCUCAGCUCCUCCUCUCCCCUCAAGCCCCGCCCACAAACAGACGCUCCUGCUCGCUCGUAUCGUUCCAAUUAAAUUCAGAUAUAAUGCAGAUAAAUACUUCAGAUCAUUACAAAUGGGGCCCAGUCAAGGUGAAAGUCAAAAGCAUUGGUGCUACUGUAGAUGCCAACAGACUACCAGCAAACACAAUGUUUGCAGGACUUCUACAACGAGGAUAAAGUGACAUAGUCCAGGACCCGAGGGAGGACAGUUUAGCGAUGGCGCUACAACACGCUACAGCAGGUCCGUUUGACAAGAAACACUUCUGUUACAGACACUUGUCUUACUUUGUUAAAGCGGUUUACCUGUCCAGCAGAAAGGUUACAGGGUCACCAAGAUCCCCAAGCGUCCCCCAUCGUUUAUGUUGACCCGGCUUUUUAGCUCUUGUCCGGUCUACCUCCGUUUUAAGCGCCCGUUAUUCCUCCAGAGUCUCCGGUAUUUACUUUGUUUUCUCGCUUGUGUCGGCAGUCGUGGCCAAAGGAGGAUUCAGACAAUUUUCCGAACUUUCUGGUUGGUUUCUACUGUCCGAUAUUGUAGCACGCUAACUUUGUUUGGGCUCCUGAACGACACGGGGGAGCAGCAUUUUCUUGUUGACUGUUUUCUUGUUGCCUGGUUUGGUGUUGACUGUUUUCUUGCUGACUGUUUUCUUGUUGACUGUUUCUUGUUGACUGUUUUGGUGUUGACUGUUUAUGGUUGACUGUUUUCUUGCUGACUGUUUUCUUGUUGACUGUUUUUUUGCUGACUGUUUUCUUGUUGACUGUUUUUUGUUGACUGUUUUGGUGUUGACUGUUUAUGGUUGACUGUUUUCUUUUUGACUGUUAUCUUGUUGACUGUUUUCUUGUUGACUUAUUAUGGUUGACGUUUUCUUGUUGACUGUUUUUGGUUGACUGUUUUUUGCUGACUGUUUUCUUUUUGACUGUUUUUUGCUGACUGUUUUCUUGUUGACUGUUUUCUUGUUGACUGUUUAUGUUUGAGUGUUUUCUUGCUUGUGUCGGCAGUCGUGGCCAAAGGAGGAUUCAGACAAUUUUCCGAACUUUCUGGUUGGUUUCUACUGUCCGAUAUUGUAGCACGCUAACUUUGUUUGGGCUCCUGAACGACACGGGGGAGCAGCGUCUGCCUCACAACCAAUCAGGUUAGAGGAGGUGGAGAAAGGCUUUGUUUACAGUCAGAAAGAGAAAAUGUUGACGACACAGACAUAAGAGAACACAGAGAUAUCGAUAUAUUACCAAAUGUCAUCAAUAACUAAAAACUAUUGACUGAUAUUAAAAGAUUUUUUGUAUAAACACCUCAUAAAAAGACACUUCUAUAACAGAUUCCCGCCUUUAAAAUCCUGUUUUUGUGCCCCUGAGUGUCGUCUUGCAGGCGCGUUGUCAGGCGUUAUUACCUGAACGUCGCCUCAUGUUUCCUCCUGUGUGUCGGAUAUUUCAGCAGCUCUUGUUUUGUCUCAGAACGUCUCAAAGGUUUUAAAGAAGGAAGCGUCUGUUUUUACCGCAAUCAAGCGUUUCCUGUUUACGUUACGAAGUGAACCAUCAGAACCGUCCUCGUGUGUUUCCUCCUCUCACAAGAAUACCGACGCCGCGUUAUUGAUCUGUUUUUCCCUUUUGCAGCUCCGUUUCUCUUCAUUACAGGGAAACUUGUUUUGCGCAGAGAUGAUUUAUUCUGCCCUUUUCAUAUUCACUCACUCCUUUGUCUCACUUCCUUCCUCUUUAGUUUGCAUGCAAAGAAAAUAAUCGAAAAAACAAACGCACAGUUCUUUGUGUUCGUGCUGUAAAGCUGCAGGAAGGUCGACCUCCAUGAAACUCAACUCUCUCCGACUAAAGCAUCUCACAACUCAUCGUCCUCUCUUCUUCUUCUUCUUUUAUCACUCCCUCCUCAUUUUUCUCCGCUGCCUCUGUCAGGAACCUUGAACUCCGUAAUUAUGAUGCAAUUAUUAUUCCACUGAAUGACAGAGCGAGAGAAAAGGGAGGAAGCGGGAGAAUAGAAACGCAGAGGGAACAGGCCAGAACAUCAUCAGGGAUUGUUUCUGAAGGCCAGAAGAUGAGAGACCUCAAAGACAGAAGACGAGAUGUUCUGCAGGAGAGAAAAAGAGCGAGUUUGAGGGUUCAUCUGGGUAGACUCGCUCCCUGAUGCAAGAGAAGAGGAGAGAGCCGAACAGCCAUAAAAUAUUCCCUCUGAAGACUCUGCUGCCUGCGAAAAAACAGGAGGAAGAGCGAGGAGCAAAAGGAGGAGAAGGAAGAGGAGGAGGAGGAGGAGAGGGCAUAGAGAGACAACAGAUAAAUUGGGGAUGAAGUGAGAUAUGAAGAAGUGAGAAGAGAUGAUGAGUGAGAUGGAUGGAGGAGGUGAAGAGGGUAAGAGUCGGACAGGAGGAUUGACAGAAACACGGACGGAGCCGAAGGAGAGAAAGAAAAGUGAUGUGAAGUAGAAGGAGAGUGAUAUACUGAGGAAGAAGAGGGACGAGGAAGAGAGCUGUCAGGAUCGUAGAGCUGGUCGAUUGAUCAGAUUUUACUUCAUCAUUAACAUCUCAGAUCAACGUGAAAGGAGGAAGUUUAGGAGCUUGACUCUUGGUGACGAUGAGGAGGACGAUGGACGAUAACUACUCCACCAGCUGCUCACCUCCUCCCACAUUAACUUCGUCUACUUCAGCCGCUACAACUUUCUCUCCGUCCUCCAUCUCCUCACCUGUCUUUCCCUCUUUGUUACAGACUGGAUGGGGCGGAGUCACGUCUCUGACAUGAAACCAUAGCCUACCUACACACAUCCAAAAACAACUUUGAUUCAUUUAUUUUUUGACACUGAAUAUACCGAUAUGAGCAGAAUGACAUCAGUAAUUGUCGUAAAUUUCGGUAUCGGUAAAUUUUCAGUUUAUCACCUCAGCCCUGACCUCAGAACUGUCACUGUUUCUGGAGGCGGAGCUUAAAGGACAGUGAGAACAGAUAGUAGGAGACAGAGCUGCACAUCUGCGUAAAAACUGCACAUUGCUGAACACAAUGGAUAUCGUCAUACAGGAGCAGACUGCAGUGGGACUUAUUUACUGCAAAGUCUGCAGUGUAUCAAUAUCUGCGUUUACAUGGGAACAAAUAAUCGGAACAAAAAAAGCGUCAUGUAAACAUGUCGAUCGGAAGAUUCUGAUCCAAUUCGGCUCAAUCGGAGAGAAACUGUAUGCUGAUCGAGAGGGGUGGUUUAUGCCGAUCGUUAUUCCAAAACACGUCAAUGUUAACAGUUAUUCCAUCACAUCUGCAACCUUUGACAGAACAGUAAAAUACAUACACAAGGGCGCCAUCUAGUGACACACUUAACAGUGGGAGAACUCCUGGAUUAGAUGACGUGAGCCACGACUUCGUAUGUUGGUUUGUUGACAAUACAGACGCAAAUACAACUCUUCUUCUGCUUCUGCGGUUGUUUUAGUGAAAUCAGACGACUCUGCGCUUGUCCAAAUACUUCUUAUCUGAAUAAAACUCUGUGCAUGUAUAAACACGUCAUGAUCAACAGUGAAUUCAGACUCAGACUGAGUUCUUUGAGUUGCAUUAAAUCCAGUUUAUCAACCUCAGAUGAAGCAAAGAUCGGACGCAUUUCUACAAUUUAGUGAAACUAUACCGCUAAUAAAGAAGGACGAUAUUUAAUGAAACACUUCUGUGGAAACCAGUCAGAGGAAAAAAACGAACAUUUACAACUUGGACUGAAUAGAUACAGAUACUAAUACUAAUAACAUAUGAGACACAUGUUCAGUUGUGGAAACCUGCAGCUGUAUUAAAAACAACAGCAGGAAGGAUGAGAGGGAUCAGAGGAAGAUAAGGGUGUGAAUAAACGGAUAACAAGUGAAGAGGAGGAAAGAAACAGUAAUAAGAGGGAUGAUGAAAGGAUGGGAGUCUGAAAGACACAGAUGUUUGAGAUGCGAGGGAAUAAAUGAGUGAGAGACCUCAAAAAAAAGGAGCGGGGUGAAGGAAGAGGACAUGAGGAGGAGGAAAGGCAAAGGAGGAGACAGGGAGGAAGGAGGAAGGAAAGAAAGAAGAAGAGGGAGUGUUGAGGAAAGAUGGGAGCGUGCAGAAGAGCCGAGGGCCAGACUGAACCGAGGAGGGAGGGAGGGAGAGAGGGAGAGAGGGAGGGAGAGAGGAGGAAUAUUUGACUGCAAUGCGUUUUUAUGGAGUUUUAUUGAGGGCAGCAGAAGCUGAAAAACCUUCAGAGUGUCUGAAGUCAGAGAGGCGAAAAAUCUGCAGAGUCAAAGCAGCGAAGACGCUCUUCAAACAUGACUGACGGAUUUAUGAGUUGUUGACUCUUGUCCUGUCUGCAGAGGACCCUGAUCUUUUAGCUGCUCAGGUGGACAGUAGACGUCCAACAGAGUCCACAAACUGAAAGUAAAAGUUUUAUUCAGCCGUGUUGAUGUGAACUCGACCCCAAAGUACCAAAUUAUGCAGUAAAGAAGUGUAUGUGUAAUAUUCUUGGAUAGAGGAGCCCCGAGGCAAACCAGAUCCUGGACCAACAGGACUGGGGUUCAGCCUCCAGGCUAUCAGGUCGUAAGUUAAGACUAAACCUGACAGGAACAAAAACUGCAGAAACUACAAGACCAGAAAAAGAAACCGCAGGGUCAUCUCAGGAUUAAGAUCGGGACCAACCCAGUCCGCUGGAUCACCGACAAUCCCAGGUGACUCCAUUAAUGUAGUUCACAGUUUCUCAGGAACUAUUCUGUGUAUCUCUACGGGAUGAAAAGUGUUCAGAAGUUUACCCUUUUAGUGUAAAUAUGUCAAUAGUUUCUGUUGUGUGUUUGUUCCAGUCCCAAUAUUUCUUCUCCUGAUAGACUUGAGAGAAUGAUGUUCAGGUGAGAAAAGGCUCGGUCACUGUAGAUUUAUGUGGUUUUAGAGCAAAGUACUGUUGGGAUCAGUUUCUGUUUUAGUUCUUUGGUUGACUUUGAUGGUUCUGAAUCUACUGUCUCAUUUAUUUUACAUCAUUUUUGCUCCAUAAACUGAGAGCUGAAACAAUAUAGUUGAUACAUAGAUUAUAUACUAAUAAUCCGAUGUUUCUUCUCCUCUCUCCUCAGAUACACUAAGAUGAAAACAGCCACCAACAUCUACAUCUUUAACCUGGCCCUGGCCGACUCUCUGUUCCUGGCUACUCUACCUUUCCAGGUAUGACAGCAUCGACCAACUCCACUCUGAACUUCAUGAAACAUCAUAAAAGCGUCUCUCUCUCUCUCUCUCUCUCUCUCUCUCUCUCUCUCUCUCUCUCUCUCUCUCUCUCUCUCUCUCUCUGUCUCUCUCUCUCUCUCUCUCUUUCUCUCUCUCUCUCUCUCUCUCCCUGUUGGACGUAUCGCUGCUGUAAAGUCAUUUAGUUUAAUGUUGAGGGAUGUCUCAGUCAUCCUGAUGGUAAUUAAAACCGUUUAUGGUUGAAACUUGAUAUGAAAAGUGUUGAGUUUUAUCCCGCUCUCAGACAAGGAUCAUAAACUUUACUGUCUAAAUGAUUCUUCGAUGGCGGUUUAACCAGCAGAGUGGUCAGACUUGAUAACACCAAUAUUUCACGGUCUCAGUUUCGAGCUAAUUACCGAGUACUUUGUGUGAAUCACUGCGUCUGACUUCUUCUGGUAGCAGAGACAAAGUGUUUUUAACCUCAUGUGUUUUAUUUAAUGGUAAACUGAUUGGGCUGGUGUCAAAUAAGAAGGUUUUAACUGAGAUUUAAACCAGUCCUGAGAUUAGGAUUAGGGUUAGCAGAGCUAGCACCACCAGUUUGCGGUCCCACAUACAGGACUGAGGCUCCAUACAUGUUCUGGUUCAGCAUCGCACCGGUCCAGUGGUCCAAAGUCAGCUGUAACCAGACACAAACUAUUCACAACUUGUUUAAAUUUUCUAAAUCUAAAUACAGCCAAACUGAGCUACAGCCCCUAGUGGCGGAUGCCUGCACUACAGCUGAAACACAACAUCUGAUGGAGGCCUACAGGGAAAUAAAUAUUAAUAAGUUGUCUUGACCAGUAACCCCCAAUCUCCACCUUCAUCCUGAACGGCUACGGAAAGGUCGUAUCCUCCGAUCGUAGCUGAUCGUAACCAUUCAAGUUAACGUGUCAAUUUACACCGACUUCUUUCCGUUCCUCUGCGGAUCGCCGGACUCCUCAGCUGAUCUCAAGAGUUCUAUUUUUUCAGACGCCGGAGCAUGGCGGAUAAAUUCAGCACAGAUUAACCCGUGCUGGAAAGGAAGUCGGGCACAGACACAAAAUAAAACAUCUAGAAGUCUAGAGGGUAGAUUUCCGCGGGUUCUCGUGAGUUCUUGCGAUAACCACUGUCUGUAAUCCGCCACGAAAUUCACCUCACAAGCAGAUGAGGUAGGAAUUGGCAGAUGACGAAUAUCUCCGCCAUUAUGGCGUUCAGAAUGCGGUGAAAAUUGGGAGUUAGUCUGGUGGCAACUAGCAAGGAUAGGUAUAUCUGAAGUAACGAUGAUUUGCAUCUCGAAAAAGGACAGUAAGAAAAGCUCUGUCUUAUUCUGCUUCUACAUUUAAUUUCUCCUCUGGGAUAAACAGUCGAACACGAGUUUAGAAGUGUUUUUAAUUUUAAUUUCAGGAAGUUACAGAAAAGUUUGUUUUGUCCGUGUUUUACUUUUUUAAUAAAGUUUCACUAUAUAAAUAAAACAGACUAAUUAUUCAUCAUAUCUGCAGUUAUUUGAACACUGAGGAUGAUUCACCUGUAAAAACAGCUGCUGCUGGGACCUCAUAUCACUAAAUAAUGAUUUUCUGUUUUGAUGGAGAAAUUCUGAUAAUUAAAAGUUUCAUAUCGGAUUAUUUUAAAUGAUUAUUUCCCUCGUCUGUCAGGUGUUAUCUUCAGUUUUUAAGGAUGUUAGGAACUUAAAUGAUGCAUUAAAGUUCUCCUCUCCUGUCAUCAGGGCUGUAAUCUGUCCCCGUUGUGGUUUCACGCUUCACUACAUUAAUUUGUAACCACCUCAUUGAAUAAUUGACCGUCUGAAGUCGUGUUUCGGAGGAGAUCUGGGUCUGUGUUCGCCCGCGGCUCCUCACUCUGCUCAUUGGUCCGUUUCUGCUCUUGUACAGGGCACCGACGUGUUCCUGGGCUUCUGGCCGUUUGGGAACGCUCUGUGCAAGGCGGUGGUGUCCAUCGACUACUACAACAUGUUCACCAGCACCUUCACCCUGACGGUGAUGAGCAUGGACAGGUAUGUGGCCGUCUGCCACCCUGUCAAAGCGCUGGACAUGAGGACUCCUCACAAGGCCAAGGUAAAACCUCUCUGUCGCAGAGUGAGAAAUCCGACUUUCACACUUCUUUUGUUGAGUUUCAGAUCAGUGUCGACUUUUACUUCAGGAGCAAACUGGUGAUAGAGCGUGAGGUUACAUAAGUGGAUAACCCAGACUGUCUGGUGCAGCCUCUGCGCAGCUGUUGAGUUCGUCUAACAGCUGUGCAGAGAUUCUGCUAAAUACAGAAAAGGAAACCGUCGGGUUUGGCUUGAGCGAGCCGUUUCAGCUGUUUCCUCCUCUGUCUCCUAAUGGGCAAACACUCUCGCACAAUGAGAGCUUCAGACGCAGUUAAAGAGCGAGAAAAACACGACAAAAUGAAGACAACACGAGAGCAGAUGAUUUUGGGGGGUUUUGACAGUUUUCUGCCCAAUAAUCCUCGUGGCAGCGAUCCUCCUGAGAUCUGCGGUUGCGUAACAUUAUAAAGAAGCUCGACUUCAAAAGGAACUGAACCAGUUUUACACUUCAAAGUCUGAGCGCAGGUCUGAGGGAGUUCGGCUGAGUACGGAGACCAAAGUUGUCUGAAGCCUUUGAGGCUCUAAAGUGAGUCGCAGAGACUCUGAUGAGCUGAAGGAGAUAUCUGAGGCGGCGUCUGGGAGUCAUUGUUCUGCAGCUGUUUAGGGCUGAACUAUCGAUUAUUGAUCAAUUAUCCUUGUCUGACAUGUAGAACACGUGUCAGAGAACUGCCUAAAUAGAUAUACUUUAACAUCAGACCUGCUAAUGCAUGUUAACUUAUUAUUUAUCAACAUUAGGGAUUUAACGGUUUUCAGUUUAGCGGUAAAUCGUGAUAAAAAUGUUGAUAAUAACGAUUUACUGUUUUCGUUUCAAAAACUGGGGGAGGGUGUGUGUAACCAAUCAGCUGUGAGAUCGCCAAGAUAACUCGCUAAUGCUAAUACUCAGCUCGCACGCUCCACGGUGUGCUGCAGGAAGUGGCUGAGGUGAGGGUCGUCUGGGCUUCCCUCCUGAAGCUGCUGACCCCGCGACCCGGACCUGGAUGACAGAAGAAAACGACGAUGACGAUCAUAAUAGCCGUUGAGUGAUAUACAGUGAAGACUUCUGUUAGCCGGCUCGUCUAAACUUGGUCUAAAUUUAGACGUCUAAAUAACUUUUAUUUUUAGACCAGUGGUAGUCUGAUUUUAGACAGUCAUCAAGGCUACAUUAAGACGUCUAUUAGAUGUUAAAAUGCUCAGUGGGUGAAACAUAUGAGUAAGAAAAAAAGAAAAAACUCACUUAAGGUGUGGCGGCUUUUAUUUAGCCAUGCGCCACGAUCAAUUGCAUGUAAAGGAGACCCUGUUAAUCAUCACGGCUUUAUCAAAGUCUCCUGAAGUAGCCGCGCAGGUGCGCUGUGUAGUCUACAGUUUGCAUUUAAACGUUCUAAAUCAUGGCUAAAGGAGGAGAUAACAGCGCCCAAGACAUCCAUCAGACCUCUAACCCGGGAAUACCAAUGAAUCUGGAACAGCUCCGCUCUGAUCCGGCAAGUCGGAGGUUUGUGCAUAUGUUGGGUUUUAUAAAAAUGGGAAGGGAUGCUUAGUUAAAGACGGUAAUCCUGUCUAGUUCUGAUGAAACGAUGAAAACAAGGUGUCAUUUAGCGCGAGUUAAAAGCAUCAAAAAUACCGCGAUAAUACCAAAAACUGUGAUUAUUUUGGUCACAAUAACUGUGAGGUAGAAUUUUCAUAACGUUACAUCCCUAAUUAAAAAGCUAAAAUCAUAAACAGGAAUAUCAUAUCAGUAAGACAGAGGGGGUAAAUGUUAAUAAUCUGCAUGAACACAAACUCCGGCCACCCUCUGUAGUGCCACCCAGACUUAAAGAGUCUGGUUACGCCCCUGUGCUGUGAAACAGAGAGAAAGAGUAACCUCAGAGCUGAGUCAACAGAAAGAAAACACUUCAUUUUAUUUGUUUGUUUGUUUGUUUUAAAAGGAGGAGAGGAAACAACUAAAAGAUGGCUCUGGUACCGGCAGGAUGAUCUCUGAUUGAGCAAAACAACAACCACGAAAACACGGCUGUUAACUUUGUUUAAAAUCUAAAGCAUAUAAUGAUGGAUUAAAACACAGAAAUUAUUCAAUCUUAUAUGAACAACAAAAGCCUCUUUGACUUAGAAUUGUAAAAAUAAUCCAAAAUCCUCACAACAUCAAGUCAGAGUCCUUUUUUUCUUCGAGAGCAACACAAAUCCUGAUAUUUACUGGCGUGCGUGCCAAUAAAACAGGAUGAGUCACCAACAUUAUGAUAAUUUUAGAUCACUUUGAUGGAAAUCCAGAGAAGAGCUCUUUUGUUAUCAAUGAGCUGGAGACAGUUUGUAACACAAGGACCCAAAAGUGGAAAUUCGAUUUGCUUUUAAAGACUCUGAAACGAUCCGCCUCGUGCUGCGUCUCCUCUGAUGAUGUCGUGGUUUGUUCAGGUGGUGAAUAUCUGCGUGUGGGUGUUGGCCUCAGCCUUCGGGGUCCCUGCCAUGGUCCUGGGAAAUGUGGAGGAGGAACAAGAGCAUAACAGUAAGUCAUUCACACACACGCACGCAUGCACACGUAUGAGCGUCCCCUCUGAUUUCGCCUGAAAACAUACAUCAGAGGCGGCGCUCGCUCCUUCACGUGUAAUUCACCGGUGGCAGAUUGUGUCUUAUCAGUAUGCAAAACAGCCUCUGCAUGUGUGUGCGUUAAACUCUGGAUGGUUAUGUUUAUCUGCGUUUGGUGGGAAAUAAAACCACGUUGUGUGUGAGCGUGAGACGGCUCAGGGAGAUGGGGAUGUGAGCGCACCAGAGCUGAAGUGUUGUCAUCGCCCCGGGUUUGAAAUCAUGGUUAACAGACUGAACACGUGUCGGGCCACACUCCUCCUUUUUUAUCGUUUCCAAUCAAACAUGUGCAAAUCGACUCAGAAGUUUAACGAGCGGCACAUGAAACUCAACAUGAGGUUUGAUGUUUUUAACCGUCACACAGACGGGAAAACAGACGCCAAAAUAACAAUCAGCAUCUGGAUAAUGUUCAGAAUAAAACAACCUUACAGCCGAAUCCUGAGUCCUAAAAACCAAGUCUGGAGCUGGAUUUUAGGACUAAGACACCAGAGUUGCUUUCAUCAGUGAAAAUUACAGUAUUUCAUGUAUUUAUUUAAUUCAAAUUUAUGUGUUUGUACCUACAUGUUUGGUAAAAUAAAUAUGUUGAGCAGUCUGCACAGAGACGAGCAUCUUCCACGUCUGGAAAAGAUGUUUUUUUGAGUCUAUAAAGGAACAAUAAUAUAAUAAUAGGAUAACUAGGUUUGAUUUUUAAAAUGGAUUUGACUAAAAGAAAAAUUUGGUUUCAUCUAUUCUAUACUAUACAAGGUAAUUAUACUCUAUGAACUGGGUUAAACAGAAUAACAGUACUAAAAAUAGAUUAAAAUCAUCGACUAAAACUAGACUAAAAUAGUCAUGGGUUAUAUAGACUAAAACUAGACUAAAGCGCCAUCAGUUUUCAUUUACUAAAAGUAGUUUGAAAUUGUCUUGGGUUAUUAUAACUUAAACUAGACCAAACUGCCAUCAGUUUCUGUCUACUAAAACUAGACUGAAAUGCCAUCAGUUUUAGUCGCCUAAUACUAGACUAGAAUAGUCAUGAUUUAUUCUGACCAAAACUAGACUUAAUUAGUCAUGGGUUAUUCUUUUUAAACUAGACUAAAAUAGUCAUGGGGCUGUAUAGAUUAAACUAGACUGAAAUGCUCAUGGAUUAUUCUGACUAAAACUAGACUAAAAUAGUCUUUCGAUCGAAGACGUUUGAUGGUAAAUCCGCAGUGAUGAACCGGUGAAAACCUGAUAGCCAAGUCUUGAGAGAAUGAUGUGUAGAUGAGAAAAGACUUGGUCUCUGUAGAUUUAUGAGUUUUUGAGAAAAGUUCUGUUGGGAUCAAUUUAUGUUUUUGUUUUUUGGUUGACUUUGAUGGUUCUGAGUCUACUGUCACAUUUAUUUUAUAUAAUAUUUGCACCAAUAAACUGACAGCUGAAAGGAUCGAGUUGCUACAUCGAUUUUUACAAAAAAAAAAAAAAAAAUGGGCGACCAAAAAUAGCAAAAUACAGCUGGAGUUCUCAGGGUUAAACGUUAAUUCUUGCUUUCAUCGUUCCAAGCAGGUGAAUUGAUUACUAAUGAGCGCUGACACUAAAUGUCCCUUUCUACUUGUGAAUGUGGAGUUAAAGACGGUGUUUAUGUCAUAUAUAUUUGUCAGAAAAGGGGAAAGGCUGAUUGUAUUAUUGUCUGGACUCACCUUAGCGGUCACCUUUCCUAACGAGGAGCCGACUUUCACGCUUGACGAGCGCGUCCGCUUUCACUCAUUCCUCUGUUUCGUUGCCCUUUCCAGCCGUACCAAGAGAAAUCUGACUGUAGUGGUAAUUUGAUACAGCAUCAGCUCAAGUUCAAUAAUUAGAUUGUCUAUUAGGUAGUCUGACUUUAGCUGACCCCUUUAGUAUGCGCUGCUGAACUCCAUUUCCUCUAAUGAGAUGUCAAUCUCUGAGGUUUCCACCUCCUCCGCGCUGGUUUCUCUGCCGCUGCAACAGGAACCAUCAGAGGACGGUUCGCUUCAUCUUCGCGGGUCGUCUAACCGUUGUAUUAAAUACACACCAGUCCAACUUCCAAAUUAAAAAUGAGCUAAAUUAGACUCUGUUCGUCUUGUUAAAAAGUGCAAAAAUAAUAAUUUCACCAACAAAUCAUGUGGGAUGACAUUCAGUCCCUUUGUAAUCUCAGGUAUUAAUGACUAGACCGAUGAAUCCCCGUCUAAUAAGCGGUGGAAUCAUCUGGAAAACCCGAGGAGAGGCCUGAAGUUACUGUCAUUAAUGAGGAACAGCUAUUUCAAAUCAAAACACCAAAUAUUACUCUUCUAUCACAAAUCACUCUCUAUCCAUGAAUAAACAUGAACGCCACGCCACAAGACAACGCCACUACUAAUACACAACCACCUAAACCCCACUUUAAGGACGCCACGAAUGUAAAACUGCUGAGAGUACACCGCUAAUGCAUUGACAUUUAUGUUACGCCACUGAAAUUACUACUUAUGUAAGGCUAAUUAUAUUAGCCCACUUUUAUUAUGCUAACUAUAUUACGCUAUUUUAUUAUGCUAAUUACUAUUUUGCAUCUUUUAAUACGGUACUGAUUUUCCACUAAUUAUAUUCCGCUUGUAUAUUAUGCUAACUAUAUGACAACACUUACAUGAUAUUACUGAUAUUAUGACACUGAUACUAUGCUACAUAUAUUACACUAUGUUUAUAACGCUACUUAGAUUACACUAAUUAUGUUCCGCUAAUUAUAUUGUGCUAUUUAUAUUACACUUACUAUAUGAUAACACUAAUAUGACAUUCUGAUGCCACACCACUGAUACAGUGCUACAUAUAUAACGCUACAUACGUAAUGCUACUUAUAUUAUGCUAAUUAUAAUACACUAAUUAUAUUACGCAAUUUAUACUAAGCUAACUAUAUGACACCACUAAUAUGACAUUAGUAUUACUACGCCACCAACUACGCUACAUAUAUAACGCUUUUUAUGAUACACUAAUUUUAUUCUUCUAGUUAAUUAAGGUACAUUUAUUACACGACAUCUAUGAUGCUACUUAUAUUACAAUAAUUGUAUUCUGCUACUUAUAUUUUGCCUUUUAUUUAAGGCCAAUUUCAUUACCCUACUUAUAUUUCAUUACUGAUAUUAUGCCACUGAUACAACAUUACUAAUUAUAUGCCGCUCAUUUUAUAGCAUUUAUUUUACGGAUGCAUGGACACAUUAAACAGACAGAUCUGAGACGCUGUUAAAACAACAAAAGCGAUUAAAAAUAACAGCUAUAAAAUAAGAUAAUGAUAAAAGAGCCGAUUAAAGUCAGGCAGAGGAUUUUUACUGAUUAUAGGAGUCCAGAGGAGUGUUAGAAAAUCGGUCCCUCUCAUUGUUGUUGUUUUUUUUUCUGCCUCUUUUGAGCGGAGAGUCUUUGAGACCUGAUAACACCUGAUGGAUAACCGCAGCCGCGUACUCGCUCUGAAAUAGACCUGUUUCAUUUCUCUCCCUAUAUCUGCUUAUCAGUCUCUGCUGAGUGGAUCCAGCUGGGUCCUUUGUCUUUGUUCACAGUGUGUGUGUGUGUGUGUGUGUGUGUGUGUGACAUCAUCUCUCUCAGGCGCUCUCAUGUUUCAGGAAAAACACUCGCAUAUUUAUAGCCGUAUAUUAACGGAAAGUCUUGCAGUGAGACAGAUUUUACUCUACGCAUACUAAACUGAGUUGGUGUGUUUCACAGCAGUGCCUUAUAGGGUUGUGUGAGAGCGAUGAUGAGUGUGUGUGUGUUUGUGUUUGUGUGUGUGCGUGCGUGUGUAAAUUGGUGAUGUGAGCGUGCUGGCAGAGCGGGGACGUCGUGACAAACUUGCUGUUUGAGUUUCGAGCUCACAGAUGGCAGCUCCUCUCCUAAAAAGGCCGCGAAACUCCGACAAAAUUCAGCCGUUUCUACAGAAACUGACGCAUGUGACCUCUGAGCGACCUUGAACGAGGUUCAGAUGAGACACAAAGCAGAAAAUGACUCAGUUAUGUCUUCAGAGGACGCUUUUAUUUUUCACAGUGCUAUUAAUACGACAAGAGUUUCACAGAUUUGUGAGGGAAGAUGGUCGGAAACUUGGAGUUUUAACGCAGAUGUGUGGAAGUUUCACACCCGUCAUCUACUACUUUGAUUUCUUGGAGUUCCUCAGGGUCUCAUGCUGGGGCCACGUAACUUCAUUUUAAAGGGAUAUUCUGGCAUAAAAUUAAUCUAGGGUCAAACAAAUAAUGCUCAGAACAGCACCUAACUUCAUCAACAGGACAUAUAGGGUCACAGCCAUAGUACUAGACACCAAACAUCUUUUUAACGUUGACUCAUUUCUUUAGCAAAGAGACUAAACACAACUCACCUACUCUCUUCCAGCAGACGCUUGUUUGUAGAGAGACCUCAGGCCAGUUUAUUACAGACUACAGCGGGGUGAUGCAGCUCAAGGAAGAACAUUUAGGAUAAUUUCUUCAUGGAAAUACAAUCAGACCGAGACGCUAACCUGAGAUUCCUACCGCAUCUGGAACGGCCUGGAUUUUCAUUAUUAUUGCAUUAUUAUAUAUAGCAUUAUUUGUGGCUAUAGAGUGGCGUUUUGGUUGGGGGCGUGGCUCUCUGUAUUACUAUCCUGCGGUCGUUACUAAAGUUGGUAUAACUAGAGAAGCAAGCGGUCGACAACAUUCAAAUUCACACCUUUUCUCUGCUACUUUAAUUUCUUGGAGUUCCUCAGAGUCUCAUACUUGGGCCACUAAACUUCAUCGUAGCCCUUAACUGCCUAAAACCACAAAUUAUGGCCAAAAAUUCAAAUUAUUUUGAAGCUGAAAUGUUUAUUUCAUUUACUACUGAAAACCAAAAAAAUUAAAAUGUCCUAAAAAUUUAACAAAUAUAUUUAUGGAUCUUGUUUGAUACAUUUUUAUCAUUUGUCGGACUGUUUUCAGGUGUUUUUUUAGUAAUUUGUUGAUCAUAUUGAUUUGAUAGAAGUAUAUAAAAGUACGUAUCAAAUAUGAUACCAAAGGCAUUACAGGGUAAAAGUCUGUCCAUUUUAUCUCAUGUAUAACAUCUAAUAACCAUCAUUUUGUGUAACAUUAGUGAAGACUAGCUGCGUUGAUCCACAAUUCACCACCUAAAGUAUUGGUGAUAUCGUGGAAGAGGUUUCAUUUCUGUGUAUUUUCUUCAACUUCCUUCAAACUUCAGGAGUAAAAAUAAAUAAAAAGCUGUUUUUUCAUUCCUCUGAGGUUUGAUAUCAGUAUCCAUCUUUUAUUCCAGUGAACUACACGUACUCUUAGUGAAAUCAGUACAAAAAUCUGCUGCUGGCAUCCAAACACACUCAGGAAGAAGAAGAAGAAUUCUUGUUAUUCCAAACCUCGCUGCCCUUCACCGGCUGCUUGUCAAUUUGAGAAUUGAUUUUGCCCCGGCUUCCUGAACAGCUUGUACGGUCAGGUUGAUGUAUGUCUGUGAAUCGAUUUUCCCCUCCGAACCUGAUCGGCGCACGUCAGCUCUUCAUGCUGUUUGCUAAAUAUGUACCUGACAUCCUUUUAAUCCAUCCUACAAGCAAAUUAAGUCACGAAUCGCCGCACAUGAAAAAGCGCAGAGGUGGAAAAUGAUGCUUUUAAUAUUUAAGACGAGGCCGGACAGAAAAUAUGCGCUCAGUGAUGCAGACGGUGUUUCAGCAGAUUCCCAUAUGUUUCACUCUCAUUAUCGGAGCCAUUUUGGAGUUUAAUAGAGUAGUACGGCGCUGCUAGCAGGAGGGUGGGAGGUCUAGUGGUAAGAUAUUGAUCCAGUCUCAGCCUGCAGCUAAGGGCUAAUCCUAUAAUCAUUUUUAUUAGUCUACUCUGCUGCAGAGCUACAUGUGCAGCAGGACUUCUCUCUGCUCAGCUGAGUUUUCAGGUUUCUGUGAGCACACUUCUUCCUCUCCUUUUCUACUCACUGCUGUUUUCAUACGAUUGUUUAUAUCAGCCUGAGAUUAUUCAGUAUGGAUCUACUGCUAAUUUACAGAUAUAAGGAGAUACAGAGCCUGUGCAGACUGUAGCUAAUAGUGAGUGACAUAAUUGUCUAUUAAACGACCCCAAAUCUAAGAAAGUUUUGACGUUCAGAAACUGAAAAAAGAAAAUAAAAGGAAAGAAGCAUUAGAAAAGAAAAGAGUAAAAAGGGUAAAAAGAAAAGGAAAAUUAAAAAACAAACAAGGAAAGGUAAAGGACAGGGGUGGCAUAAAAGGGUUAAGGAAUGAAAAUGAAGUAAUUGAUAUAAAAAAAGAGAAAGGAAAUAAAAAUACACAAAAAGAAAACAAAAAAAAGAAAAAGGAGAGGAAAGAAUAGAAAACAGAAAAAAGGAAAACUAAUAAGAAAAAACAGACAAAAUGCAAAGGGGAAAAAAGAAGACAAGAAAAGAAAUAAGAAUGAAAGAAAAAGCUAAAAAAAAGAGUGAAAAUGAAAGGAAGAUAAGGAAAGGAAAUAAAAGUAAAAGUUUGAUAAAAUACAAAAAGACCAAAAAGGGAAAAAAAUGGGGAGGGGGUACACAAAAAGGUUAAGGAAUAAAAAUGAAAAGUACAGGAAAGAAAAAAGAAAAAGGAAAUAAAAUACACAAAAAGAAGACAAAAGAAAAAGGAACGGAAAUAAUAGAAUGCAGAAAAAAGGAAAACUAAUUAUGAGGAAAAACAACAGACAAAAAGUGCAAAAAGGAAAAAAGAAAACAGAAAAAAAAAGAAAGGAUAAGUGUUAGACAAGGAUAGAAAAAGACCAAGAAAUAAAAAAGGAAAAGUUCAGGCAAAAAUAAAGAUUUAAGAGGAAACAAGAGAAGAAAGGAAAAAAAAAUGAAAAAGAAAAGAAAAAAAAGAAGAAAAGUAAAAUAGACAAAAAGAAACUUUAACAAAGAGGGAAAUCAAGAGCUAAAAUCUGCUGACGAACAUUUUCCUGAAUUUUAACUGAUUUAUAAAUUUCUUUUUUCCUUUGUUCAUUUUUAAAUUUUUCUUUUAUUAAUUCAUGCAGUUUAAUUUCAAACUCAUGUCAGAUAUGAAAACAGACAAAACAGGAUAAGAAGGAAACACAUGAUUUUUUUCCUUUAAAGACUCUUUAAUUUCGCUCUUUCGGCCUACAUCUCUGAAAACAGUGAUUUCUCUCUAACCUCGUCUUCAUUCCUGUUGUCUUGUCCUUGACUGUCCUCUUCCUCAUCUUUCUUCCUCGACUCUCUUUCAUUCCUCAUCCUUUCAUCUCUGCGGACGAUUAAAUGAAACUUAAGUGUCUCCUCUUUCCCUCCUCCUGUAAUUUGGCCUCCUUGUUUGUUUACCGUGCGUGCUCUCCGGGGGCUGCUCGCUGCGCAAAGGUUCGCUCUCCUCCUCUUCCUCCUCCUCUUCCUCCUCUUCCUCUGAACAAACACAGAGGGAAGAAAAAAAGCGGAUUCAUAACCUAACAGCUGCGGGGAAAGUCAUGGCACGCUGCUCACAGUAAUUGGGGUCAAAAGCCUUGCCCAAGGACACAGUGGCAGGAAGGAGGCUAUAAUCAUCUGGUACCCCGCUGUCACUAAUGGAUAGGCUGACUAAUCCAUCCAAGAGACUCGGAGGAAGUGUGUGUCAGAGCGUGUUUCAUGGCGGCUUUUUGUGCCGGAGCUCAGAUGUCUGUCAGAGACGGAGUUUUAUGUCAAACGGCGGGCCAAUGUGCGCCGUCAGUACACGACUUACAGCGAGUAAGACAAGCAAAGUACCACCUGUACUUCUUUUAAAGCGUGAGCCAGGUGUGCUCAGCCACAUGUCACUCGCUUGUGUACUGUACCGGCAGGACGGGGCUCCGAAGCACUGACUGAUUCAGUGAACGAAUCUAUUGAACAAAUCGUUUUAAUGAACGGAUUUUUCCUUAUAGCGAGACCUCAGGCCAGUCCAUUACAGACUACAGCGGGGUGCCGCAGCUCAAGGAAGAACAUUUAUGAUCAUUUCUUCAUGGAAAUACAAUCAGACCGAGACGCUAAGUCAGAAGAACUACAACGUCUGUAAAAUGAUUAAUAUGAUGAUUAUUACUUCAAGGAAAUGAUGAAGAAAUUAUCAUAAAUGUUCUUCCUUGAGCUGUGACACCCCGCUGUAGUCCAUAAUGGCCCGGCCUGAGGUCUCACUACAAACAAGUGGCUGCUGGAAGAGAGUAGGUGAGAAAUGAGUCAAAGUUAAAAAGAUGUUUGGUGUCUAGUACUAUGUCUGUGACCCUAUAUGUCCUGUUGAUGAAGUUAGGUGCUGUUCUGAGCAUUAUUUGUGGCUAUAGAGUGGCGUUUUGGUUGACUUAAUUUUACGCCGGAUUAUCCCUUUAAACAUGAACUUCUUCAGGCUGUGAAAAGUGCAACAUCAAUCAGCACCAAAGGCAAAUGGAUCGUUAUUGUGCAAAGCAUGCUGGGUCACAAAACAACAUGAACUAGAACUCAAGCAGAGGGCGUGAUCGGUGAGGCCGUGACGAUGCUGUCAUAGAGAAAAGUCGCCUUUAACCUGACGACGGCGGCGGCGGUGAUUGAAGAUUGGAUGAGCUCGUUCCCUCGUGAGCUCCCUGUUGUUAUUUUUGUACUUCAGUGAAGGAGUAAUCACAAAAGAAAAUAGAAAUGCUAAUGAGAGGUCAUUAUGGUAACAAUGCUUGAUUAAUGCUGCCACGCUUCAUCAUCUGUGAUGGUAUGGUUCGUCUCUGAGGAGCUAUCUGUCUAACAGCAGAAGUACACAGAGUUUAAUGAGACGCAGGGUCGCGUAUAUUUACACCGGUUCGAUCAUGAAUUUCUUUAGCGGGAGGUUUUCAAAGAUAUAUUUCAUUACUGGUAUGAUUUGUUGUCUCUUCCAUGCAUGAACACCAUAAUCUAAUUCAAGAUACUGGAGCUAUUAGAGUUAAUGCAGGUUCAAAUUGGCUUGAAGUGGAUGUACUCGAUGGAAAACGGAUUAUUCCUUCAAUAAAUCAGACCAAUUUAUUUAUUUUCCACAUCCUCUUUACAUUCCCCUGAACAAUAUCACCUUUCUACACUUGUAGGUAUUAUUAGAUGUGCAAAUCAGGCCGUGGUAUUACCUGUCAAUGCUGUUUUUACACUCCUCCCCCCUGAGCCUCAUACAUGUUCAGAUCUGCUUAUUUACUGUAUUUCAUCUGUUCAAGAGUGUAACAUUUAUUCGCUCUCAUAUGAAGAGAAUAUUCAUGCCCGACUAAAACAUGCAGAUAAUGUAAAAACUAUAGGAUACAGUGAUUUAUAUAUAUACUAUUCUGAGGUUUAUAACUCUGCAAUUAGAACGUCAAGCGACACAAAACCUGCAAAAUGUCAUGGUUUCUAAUGACAGAUGUUAUAAAGUGCACAGGAUUUCUUAGAGGAAAAGAGAAAUAUCAACCAACAGCUUUGCAGAGUUUGAUACAGUUGAAGUCAGCAGGAGAUGAGUUUUCAGUCUGGUCAGCUUUGGCAAACAUUAUAAGUCAUUAAAACUUGGAUACAGAGUUGAGUAGUGAGGGUUUUUUUUUACUUUGAAUUAAAUUCUACGGUGGCCGAGAGCUGCCACUGCUGCAAAUAAAAAAAAAAAGAAGUCUCAACGAAAGUUACCGAUCCACAAAAAAAAAAAGAAAAAAAAAAACCUGAAGCCUGAUGCAAAUACAAAAAGAAACUGUGCAAAAAAUAAAAUAAAAAUUACAACAGAGGUAGAAACAAGACGCAGAAACAAGAGGGCGAUGCAAAAAAAUGAAAAAAUUACCUACUGCGAAAAUAAAAGGAUGCAAAUAGAAAGCCACAACAGAAGAUAGCGAUGUAAAAAAAAAAAAAAGUGGCGAUGCAAAAAAAAAAAAAGCCAAAUAAAACAAGUUACUUACAUCGUAAAAUGCCGUUACAUCAUCAUUACUGGUCCCCGGCAGCAUACUUCCGUUGUGGCUUUUUUUAUUUUCAUCUUUUUAUUUUCACAGUAAUUAACUGUUUUUUUUCCAUUGUCACUUUUUUUUGCGUCAUUAACUUCUGCUUUUUUAUCUAAACCUUUUCUUCUUUUUUUUUGCAUCAGUUUCUUCCGUUGUGAAGUUACUCUCCUUCUACGCUGAUGAUACUGUGAUAUACCGUCAUGUGGCGACUCUUGUACAGGUUGUUGAAGACUUGGAGAGCACGUUUGACGUUGUUUAGAAGAGUCAUCAUCUGGUUCAAGUUUUUUUAUGGCUGAUAUUGACAGUGAAGGUCAACCAUUGUCUAUACACGAUGCCAAGAUCAUUCGAGUUUGUUUGUCAGUGAAAUAUGGAGAACCACUCCAACCAUCUGAAAUGACCAAAUAGGGGGGAAAAAAUAGAAAAUGGGUUUUAACUUCUGAUAAGAAAAGAAAGUAUAAAUGUAUAAAUCCAUCAAUCAUGAUAAUCUGAGCGAUACGAAAGUGCAUUAAUCUGUUCACCGUAACAGGAUUUUCAGAAUAAACUGCUUGAAUGCAGAGACGACCAAGCUUAGGUUAUUCCCCGACUCAAAGGAGAAGUCACAAAAAGUGUUGAUGUUAGUCACCAUUGAUGGAAAAGAGUUAUGACCCCUGAAAUGUUCUGAACCUAGAGUAGGAAGAAAACAGGUUUUUAGAGAACUUGUUGCUGCAACUUUUGACUCAUUUUGUGAAUCCCUGCCUCUCUCUCUCUGAACCGUGAGUAAAGCUCUUACUCAUCCUCAUGAGUCGUUCUCCUGGAGUGACCUAUUGGCAGCUACACUAGUACAUCCUCAUUCCCUGGCCCGCUCCCACACUUCCUCUGUGUUUUUAUCACAUAAAAAAACGCGGGACAGUUUAAUACUCCUCGUCCUGAAAGCUUCAACUAAAAUAGGGAAAAGGAAAUCUGCGGCAUCAGCCUGAAAUUUACUGCAGGAUGAGGUGAAACUGAAGGAGGUGGUGUCACAUGUUGUUGCUUUUGGACAGCUCUUUAUUAGCGAGUCUUAUGAUACAUUUGGGAAGUUUCGCAGCUACCUGGAGGGAUCAGGACCCUCAUUUUGUUUAAUCAAGCUGGAGGGUUUUACAGCACAUCUCUAGAGAGCGGCUUCAGACGUACAAACAUGACCCGAAACGCCCCGUCACAUCUCCGCCAUGACUCAGUCUCCUGCUCAUUUAUUCAGCCGACACCUGAUUAAGAGAUUUCACUAAUGCCGUGCCUCGCAGCCUGAUUUCCCACUUAUAAAACCCGUGUUCAUGUCCCAUCCCUGAAAUGCAUUACGGUGCAGUUGCUGCUGUGUCGUGAUGUAACCUCUCUGCAAUGUGAGACGGAGUGCAACCGCUGAAAUAGUGUCAGGCGGAUGAAGUCAUAAAAGCAGCUUCAGCUCUUCAGAUCUUUGUCACAGACAGUCGAGCCCGGAGCAGACGGCGGCGACUUUCUCUUAAAGUUAGAUUUCGUUGAGUCGCAGAUAUUACCCGAGGUAAAGGAGGUGACGCAGGAAAAAGGCGAAUGAAGUGGCAGAGGGGUUAAAAAAAGCUGUUUUCAAUCAGUUCUUUUUGAUGAAACAGAAGCAGGAGACUUCAAAAUAAAAGUGCAGGUCGACCAGACAGGAAAUAAAUGCAAGACUAAAAAAAAGCAAAAUAAAAGCCUGAGAUCUUCACCAGUCAGGAGUCGCAGGAGUCAGUGGUAGUGAUGGGAAGAGCAGUUCUUUUGACUGAACUGAAUCUUUAGGAUCCGUUCAUUAAAAUGAUUCGUUCAAAAGAUUCGUUCAGCGAAUCAGUCAGUGCUUUACACGAGUGAGUGACACAGCGGCGCUGAUCGGGAGUUCAUUUAUCGACCGAGCCCCUCCCCUCCCCUGCUGCUGAAGUCACAGCGUCGUUCACUGGGCGACACGUGUUGUUCGUUCACCAAGUCGUGAAGGAAGAAUCACUCCCCCUGCCCGGAACAACUCGCCUCUCUGUACGCUGCCGAUGUUAGCAAAACAACAAAUUAGCAGGCAGCACUAAACGAGCGUGAGUCGUCGUUCUUCUAAAUCACGGAAAUGUUAAAAGUCGUUAGGAGGUCGUUUGUUUUUGCUCACAGUCUGACUGAUACAUGCUGUUCAUUCACUGUGAGCAGAUCACGAGACUCCGCCUGCUCACUUGCUCGCUGGCUGUGUCGUUCACCAGAGUGUCAAAGUCGGCAGUUCCACUCCCAACCGGCACACCUGGUUUCGCGGACUGAGAAAGGAACGAAUCAGGUCUCUGAGUGAUUCCGUUCACGUCGUUCGCUCAGCAGUUCCGUUCUUUUGAACAAAUCGUUCAUGAACGACACAACACAAGUCAGUGGGUGGUCCUAAGGGAGCCCGGAGCAGAAACUAAGUCGUUUGCUCUGUCAGGUAGGGUCUGAUCCGGCACAACCGAGCCAAGAAAAACUACAUCAGCUUUGACAUCCAGAUCGUGGGUACGACGCUGGAUCUUGAUCUGGGGUUGUGUGGACUGGUUUGAGUGAUAAGAAGCUCAGUUUUGGACUUUAAGGUUGAGCUGAAAAAGGUGAAGAUAACAGAGAUGAAGAGAAAUCGAGGCUGAGAGAUUUGUGUCGUCUAAUAGGAAAGAGAGGAAGCUCUGGGUAUCAUCUGCGAAGCAUGAAGCUAACAUUAACGUAGAGAAAAGGACUGAGCAGAGACCCCUGAGGAACUCCUGUAGACAUUUCAGAUUUACAAACACAAGGAAGCGAUGAAGAGUGGUGGAUAAAAACUCACAGUAGAGUUUAUAUGAGUGUGUUUGAAAGAGAGUUUUGUUCCCUCUUCUCCUGCUGACAAAACCGCAUAAAAGUUUUAUGACAAGAGCUGCGCAGCCCAAGGAUAGACACACAAACACACAUCAGAUCAGGAAACACACACUGAGAGGGCGACAUACCUACCUACACACACACACACACACACACACACAGGUGGAGGUGAACCAUGACCUGAACCAUGACCUCAUUUCUGUUACUGGACUCUUGUCACUCAUGCAUGAAUAUAAACACACAUUAACAGGUUAUAUAAACCCACAGCUGUCACUGUCCGUUUGUCAGCGUGAGGAGAGGUAAGGUAAGGUAAGAGCAGGUGAACAAGGACAAGUCUGGAACUUGAGGAGUCUAGGAGGAGGAGGAGGAGGCAUUCAACGUCUUAAAAAGGUCCAUGAACCGAGACAGAAACAACGUAGUCUCAAAGAGUCUCAACCCUCGACCCGCUGAUCCCAUCAUGAAGGUUUUAGAUCCUCUUUAACUCAAUAUUUACUUCAGUUAGAGGCCUCAGACUUUAAAGACACGGUUCACGAUCUGAGUCCCGCCUCCUUCGCAUUAUGAUUGGCUAGAAAAGCUGGAAACAUCAUCACACGCUCAAGCCAAACACGGGCCAUCGUCUCUGUACAUCAAACAGAACUUAACAGAACAUUAAAGCACUUCUGAAUGUCCUAACCCUAACCUUAAUCCUAAUCCUAACCCUUACCCUUACCCUAACCUUAACCUGACAGAUGUUGAAGUUUCACAGCCAUAAGGAAUAACCAAUCAGAGCCCAGCGCUUCUAGCCAAUCAUAGGCGAAGGAGGGCGGGACCUUCCCCUACCAUUCCAUGAAAAAGAAAUUUUGCCUCUGGGAGAGUGGGAGGGGAUGAGUCGGAACUAUGAGAGAGGUGUAUGUCGAACCCAGUGAGGUGAUUGGAUGGAGAGGCGGAGCAGGAGAUUGACCAAUAGGAGCUGUCCUGGACGGAUGGCUCCCAUUGGUCAAUGUUUUUGCAGCCCUGCAGCUGAUAGGGUGAAUGGAUUUUUCCGUUCUUUUUUCUCGUCACUUUGUGGAGAUCGCACUGUAGGACCAUGAUCGCCAUAGAAACAAGGUUCAUUAUAUUUACCAAUCUCUCCAAUUGUCAACCAUGACUUUAAGCUAAGCAUCACAAACCCGACCAACAAGCGAGUUUUCAGUUCAUGUAACCGAAGCAGAUCUGAUACCCACUAAAGACCCUCUAGAAACCCUUCCUGGGGCUGAUCAGAGGAGCUGAAGAGCUGCUGCUGGUGUUAGUGGUGUUGAGGGGCAGUUUGAAUACGCAGGUAUCAUAAAACUACUGUAAAUGUGUCUCUAUGAAACCUCUGAUAGUCUCCUAAGAGGAGGUUUCACUAAGUAAGAUCCAUGAGGAGCCUCCGGGCUUACAUGGGGGCCCGGGUCGGGUACCGUCAGAGUCGUCUAUCAGCCAGGAGCUGAAGAGGCCGGCCCAGCUGGACUCCUCAAAGUCCUCGAAGUCAUAUUUCAUCUGAGUGCCUCAACCACAGCUGCUCUCAGCCUAAACAAGCCUCGAUUUGUGUCCUUUUACCUCGACGCGUUGAGGAGGGAGAAUCAAAGAGGAAAUAAAAAUAGAGAGGAAGAGAACAGACGAUUCAUAGAACUGUCUGAGAAAAUUACCACGGAGCUGCGAGGCCUGGAAAACACAGCAGAGAGGCAAUUAAGCGGUGCAGCUGAGUGAACUGGGGGCUGAAAUCUGCUCAAAUGUUGAUCUCCAUAUUUCACAAAUUCUCUCUCGACUGGAGCCGCAGUUAUAGAUGUUUUAUUAUCCGUGUGGGGUUAAAGUGAACUGAUAGUAAAUCUAGUCUAUAAGACGCCGGUAUAUGGACGGUCGUCAGAACGAGCUCCAGCAGCUGGUCGGAGCAGAUGUUUCGAACCCUUUUCAGAGGUGAUAACAGCUCGGCUGUAAAGACGGCUCCAUUAGUCCGUCUGUUGUUUGAGGACGUUUCAUUUGCUGUUUAGAUGAACAUGAUGUGGGGUAACAACAGUUAGGGUCCCCGGGGGGAUGAAUACCAAAGACCGGCACCAUCACAUGCACCCCCACCAACACUCCCACCUGACUCAUCCAACAGUUUAUCUGAUAUUUGAAGACAAAGCCGAACAAAUAUGAGCAGCUGUUCUGUGGUACCCUAAAGUAAAUAACAGAUUCAGACCCAGUCACUGCUCCAAGGUGAGACUCCAAGUGUUUCCUUUGAAAACCACGACCUGAAGGUGACCUUGAACUGCAGUUCUCAGGUACCCUCUUGAAAGGACGUGACCCUCCUGAUAGAGCUGCACGAUAUAUCGUUUGAGCAUCGUCAUCGUGAAGUACAUGUGCGCGAUAGUCACAUUGCAGAGCCUGAGAUGUAGGAGGCGAGUGAAAUCAUCUAAUUUCCUCACUUACUUGCCUCCAGUCGAGCUCCUUUUUAUUCCGGUUUUGAUAAUUGAAAGAAAAGGUAUCAUAUAAUCGGGGGAACCAGCACACGGACACGAUCAGUUUGUCCUCCAGUUUAGAUACCAGGAAACAACCGUCUGUUUUCAUACAUCAUCCAACAAUCUUUGUGCUGAUUGGUUAUCGCGACACGAAUAUCCGCUCAAGUUGAGACAUUUUCAGCUCCUGCCCAGUUCGCGUCAUUCCCGCUGCCAGAGUAGCAGGAGCGUCUAACUGCGAAUGAUUUUACUCACGCUUGGUGUGUGGAGACACUAAUAUUGCUGUAUCCUUCAGAUGCAGGUGAACAGCUGAGUCCUGAUCCUUUUACAGCCCACCUUCACCACAGCUCCUGGAAGUCUUUGCUGUUGCUCUGCCUGUCUUUAGGUUUUCGCACAUGGAAGAGAAUAUAUGAUUGAUUAUCUCUAAUCAAACAACUGAAUUAAAACAGAUUUACUGAACAGCUUUGAGUAAACUGAGGCCCCGUUUAUACGUACCUCGUUAUUUUUUAAAACGUAGACAUUAACCGUCGUUUGCACCCUUCGUUAAGACGCAAACAGAGAAUUCGUCCCUAAAAACUCCGGCCAGAGUGGAGAUUUUGGAAAACUCUGUUUGUAAGUAAACGGAGGAAAACUGAGAUUUGGGGAGCUGACGGCAGAUUUUGCGCCAGAAAGAAGGAAGUGACGUUGUUGUUGUUGUUGUUGCUGCUUUGUGGAAAUCUAAAAUGGCUAACAUGGGCUUGAGCUUCUCGCUACACUGCCACCUACAGGUCUUGCAGGCUCUUGACGGCGUAUGUUCACGAGUUAGUGUAAACGAGAACUUUUCUAAAAACAUAGCAGUUUACGUGCUGUUUUUUUGUAAAUGGAGAAGGUGAAAUGUCGUAUAAUAAACACAUAAUCUGACUUUGCUGGUCCAGGAUGAUUUCCAACGUUUUGAUAAUCUGCCUCCAUGUCGGAAACUUCUCACUCUGACGUUUUGAGACUUUCCAUGAGGUCCCUGACUCUGUUAAUCCUUCGACUCAAUUUCUAACGUUGACUUGUGUAUCAUUAACAAAGCUCGGUAAUGACAUGUAGCGUAAUUUAAUUUCUCGUGUCACUGCUUGAGUGGAAACCCACUCAAUUACAGCUCUCAGUAAUUGUAUUAAGACGACUGUGCAGGAGAUAAUACAAAGUCAGACGGUGAAGUCGUUCACAUUUAAUCAGAGAGUUUUUAUUUCAUAUCUUAAAUGGUUAAAAGCUGUCUUGACUCAGCUGCCACGGAUGCAGGUGGUUCAAUGAGGUAACAAGCUUUUAUGUAAUGAGGUGAGAGGGCAGCAGGAUCCAAUCCUGGCAAGACCGCCGCUAUUACCCACCGACACAAAAAGAAAGUAUGGGAGGGAGGUGGGAAGAGAACAAACACGAGUGAUGAGUUACAAACUGAAUAAAGGUGAGAUGAGAAAAACGACGGGGAUGUUGUUUAGCUCUGAAAAUGAAGGUGGAGAAAAGGGCAGAGGAGAUUAGCAAAUACAAAAAAACGUGACAAAGAGCGACUAAUCGGAGAAAUAAAACCGAGAGAGAGAGAGAGAAGGGCAAACGAGGAGAGGAAGGAAGACGAAGAGAGAAAUAAAAGUAAUCAGCCAAAUGGAAAAUAAUCUUCGGAGCAAUGGUGAGGAAAGUGAGAGCCGAGAAAUCGAGGAGUUUAGAGGUAAAACGAGAGGAUGAGAGUCCGACACUCCAGCUGAAGGAAGUAGAAAAUAAGAGGUCGGCAAAACGCAUCAGAGGGGAAAGGAGUGAUAAACGGGCGGAGAGGUGGAGAAUCAUCGAGUGUGAAAUAGAAAGUAGAAGAGGACACGGGAUCCAGUUUAAAAUAUGAAAGGAAAGGUGUUAAAGGCGUGAGAGGGGCUGACGACAGGAGGAGGGGAAGACCCCAACAGUCUGUACAGACGGGGGGACACAGAGGGGCUCUGAUGUGAGUCUAGAUCCACGUUCAUCCACGCACAUGCAGGACCACAGUGUGUUUAGUAUGCAAGCUGCAAAUCUGUGUUUACUCUGUCGACCUUGAGCUCCGAAAGAGACUCCAACUUUAUUUUUUACAAAUCUGCAUCAUGAAGGUGUUACUCCUCUGGUGAGAUCGUAAAUAAACUCAGUAAACCAGUGAGGCUUUUGACUGAAUGACUGUGUCAGAGAUUAGUCAGGCACAGAUGAACGGGGGCGAACACACCAAGACACGACAAUGUUUGUGUUGCAGACAUAUGCUGACUACACCAGAGCGAAGGCAUGUAUUCAGUCAGUCAGUACAUUUACAUGACAGUCGAGAAAACCGAAUUAUCGCCUUACUCCGAUUAAGACCAGAAGGUCAUGUAAACACCUUAGUCCGACUAUAAUCUGAGCUUGAGAACUCCCAGAUAAUGUGAUUGGAAUUCGAUUUUCUCUACCCUGUAACCAGCGUAGUCGGAGUAUGAUCGGACAAUGCAUGUGUGUGUGGGCCACACCCUGUAACGCCGGAACAAAAACCCCAGAGUAGAGGAGUAGCGUUGGUCUCCUCUUUAGAAAAAGUAGCGCGUCCAUCAUGUCGGACAAGAACAACGCUGUAUGAUGCUCCAUCUUCUUGUUUCUCCAAAAUUCCCAGCAGCAGUUGUAGACACUUCUGACGUCUGACACCGACCUGCUGAAAAGACCCAUAUUAGCCCCCAGUUUUGGGGGCGAUAUGGGUACAUAUGCAUGUAAACGAAGACGAGGAGAGAAGUCUGAUUCACCAAAUAAAAAACGCAUUAUGAGCUUAGUCUGAUUUAGCUGUAGAUGUAAACGCACUGAGUGACGCACAAUGAUCGUAGAUUGGUUUAAGUGGCUUAAAUCAUAGACUGUAUAUACUAUGGACAAACCAGUCUGACAGUAACUACAUGUCAACAUCGCAACCAGGAGGGAGAAACAUUUAUGUUCUGUGUCAUUCAUUUCUAAAGUUUGUCCAAGCUUUGCUGGCGGAGGCGGGAUUUAUGACCUAUACUGCAGCCUGUCACCAGAGGGUGCUGUUCUCAGAGUGGCUUCACCCAGCGAGGAGGCAGACGGCGUCCAUUCUGUAUACAGUCUAUGGUUAAAACUUAACGAAACUUUAUCCGUUACAGAAGAAAAACUCAGAUUUAUUUAAACGUGCGUACAGAAAUUUCAGGUGCAUGCUGGUUACAUGCCUGAACUAGCUCAUAGACAUUACUUUUUCACUGUCUGUAAGAGAGCCAUCAAUAUGUAUGUGGUCUUUUCCUCGACUGUAUAUUAAAAUGCUCUAACGCCGGGUCUAUAGUUCAAUGACAUCACAUAAAAACGCCUCUUUCAACAAGUCACCUGACACGAGGACUUGGAGAAGUGCGGGUUAAUCUGGGUUAGACUCACGCUGUUACAUUACCGGUUAAAGAAGAAUGCAUACACAGGAAUGUAAAGAUACAGAGGAGAGUAAAAGUCAACCAUUGACAUUUAGAAAGGUGAGAUACUUCAAAAAAAGCCGCUGAGUGAUCGCCGCUAAGAGCUAUCGCAUGAUGGCAGCGUGACCUUUUUUUGCAUGCAGCGAACGGAGCGGCUUUAAUGGAGCAGCGAUAAAUUCAGGCUGAGAUUUCCACCUGUCAGACAUCCGCCUGCCUGAGCUGAGAGCAGCCUUAUCACAAUACAGAGGAGCGUGUGUGUGUGUGUGUGUGUGUGUGUGCGCGCAGCGGGAACACAUCAACAUAUUUACAUAAAUUAUACGAUUGGCUGCAGUGAUUUAAUGUGUGCGGUAAUGAAGAGGGCAAUCACGAACAAAUACUCAAAAAUACCAUGUCAAAAUAAAACUCAGUGGAUGUUUGCAAAAAGGUUUUUACACACAGCUUGAAUGUUUCAGUCAGUCUGCAGCAGGUUAUUGAGAAAUUUUAACGAUAAACUGCUGUCACUGUUUCUCCUGAACUGUCCGUGCAUGUCUGACCUCUGUCAAAGCUGUUUCUCCCAUAACAUGAGUAUUCGUGAAGAAAUCAUGACUGUGGUUCAAAAUGAGAAAAAUUUGAACAAUGAGAAGGUGAGGAGAAGAUAUAAAUCUGUCUUUUCUCAUGCUCCGCCUCUCACUAUCAAUCAAACUCAGAAUUCUGAGGCUGAAGAAAAGUUAAAAGUCUGAGUCACUAAAAGUUAAAAAAACUAGUCACUAUAUUCUGAGAAACAGGUCGACUGUUGAAAAAAGACAAUUUAAGAAAAAUAUUCCAAAAUAUGAGAAAAUUUUCAGAAAUCUCAUAGAAAGAAAUAUAAAGGAAAAAAGGGAGAAUUUUCAGUAAAAGUCAGAAAUCUGAGGAAAAAAAUUAUGACAAUUUAAGACAAUUUUCAAUUCAGAGGGAAAGUAAAAAAAUGAGUUAAAAAAACAUUCUGAGGGGGAAAAAAGAAAACAGAAAAGGCAAAAAUUUGGAUAAAGUUAAAUAUCAUACAUCUGAAUAAAAAAAUUAAGGAAAAGGACGGAAUUUAAUGUGUAAAUCAAAAAGCAGAAUUCUGAGAAAAUUAGAAAUUUAAUUAGAAAAAGAAGUUAAUCAGAAAAAAACUAAAAAAUCUAAGAAAAAAGUAGAACUCUAAGUUCAAAGUCAGAGUUGAGAAAAAGUCACAAAACUGAAAAAAGGCAGAAAUUUGGAGAAUAAAGUUGUUGUCUGGAUUUUCUAUAAAUGGUUUUUGUCAGUUUAGUUUGUUCCUGGUUUUAUAACUUUGUUGUAUUUUUCCUCAUCUUUCUGUUUCUGUUGUUCUUGUUUUUCACUGUUUGGUUUCUUAGUUCAGUUUUUAAUGUUUCCUGUUAUAUAUUUUGUAAUUGUCAGUCCAAGUUUGUCAAGUCUUAGUUUUCCCUCCUCUAAUCACUAACGAGUCUCACCUGUGUCUCGUCUGCCUCACCUGUUGCUCGUUACCCAGUGUGUGUAUUAACUCCUUGUCUUCUCCUCUUUCUUUGUUGGUUCACAUGUCUCCCCAGUCCUCCCUGCUUCCUGUGUUUUUUUGGUUUGGGUUUUCGGUCUGAGAAGGUCUGACCCAGAGUCGUAAAUAUGAACCUUGUUGGAUAUUUACAGUCGUGGAUCAGAGAGACUCUGACUGGGUCACAAGCAGUAAAACAAUCAAACUGACACGACACACUUGAGGAGCAUUUAAACAGAUAAUCAUUUAGAGGAGAAUCAGACCCUGAGUAAACACUUUAAACAUUAGAAGACUAAAAUCACACUUUUAUGUGUUUUAAAAAUGUUUUCUUCUGUAGCCGAACUGAAACUUUCAAACUUUAUUUUAUUGAUCUGAACGUGGAGGUGUACAUCAGAGGACAAACGAGCUGACAGCGGGUCUCUGAACAGAAUCAAACUGAGCUCUGGAUAAUAAAUCAAAGUGUUCCCAAGGUUGCCGUCAGACGUGUCCACGCCGUCUGAAAAAUUGAGGACUGAGGAAAAGACCGGGAACGCAGAAAUGAGGAGAUGAUGUACGGACUGGCGUCCGGUCAUGUUUCUGCGCACACUCCUGGAUGGAUGGAGCCUCUAUUUGCGAUAGUUGAUGUCCCACUUGACCUCUGACCCGUCGCGAUGAGGGAUUACGUCCCAGCUGGAUCAAUACUGUCAUGAUUUUUUGAUGUUUGUCUUGGGUUUAACCCCGCCCUCUGAGCGAGGAGCCACAAACCCAUUUACAGCCGUUUUUACACAACACAUAAACUUCACAGGCAGGUUAUUACUAUUCUUUUUACCAUCCCUUUUUACUGUGUUUUUGAUCAAUGCUCGGAGCGUGGCGGUAAUGGAGCCGAGGCUGCGGCUUCCAUUUUUACAAGAGACGACCAGAGACUAUAAAUCCGGCGCACUCUGAAACCCGCAGAGACUCAUCAGAUAAAAGUAAAUGGAAUAAUAGAUCAACUGUUUCCUCUCCUGCUCCAGUAUUUACUCAGUUUCAAAGUGUUUUAUCAUAUUUAAGGAUGUGGAGGUGAAAGUUUCAUCAUGAACUCACUCUUCAUGUUUCUUUUAGAGUCAGAUUAGACACAUGAGAACUAAGUUGACACUUAAGUGGAGGCAAAACCAGAAGAUCAAGGUCCCAAAGCGGCAAAUUUCAAAGUUUGGUCUUUUUUUUUCUGAACCAUUUUUUUGGCGUGACGCCUUUUAAGGAUGUAAAACUUAUCAGAUUCCUCAAACUUUUCUUUCCUGUCAAAGUGAGAUUAGGCAGAUUUGAAAAAAAGCGUCCCGCCCAGAUCCUACGCUAGCUUCAAAUAGGAUCCACCAUGUCGGAUUGUUAGUGACUAGCGGCAGUAAACGCCAGCUCUGCUAGCGAGCGCCGUCUGCAGCUGCCUGGACAGCUACCGUGUUGACAUGUCAGAGACUAAUCAGAGUUAUUUAUGUAACAUGAGAUAAAAGGAGAUAAAAAUGACCUGUGGGCGGAGCUUUCUCCACAGCUCGAAGGAUGAGCCGAUGUUUAUUCGAGUUAGAUUCCUCGCUUGGUCUUUGACUCCGCCCUUUCUUUUGUGGGCUUGCAUUUUCUUCCCUCUUUUGGCGAUGGGGCGAGCAGAAGCUGCUACACUACUUUUAGACGCUCAGAGCUCCGAGGAGGGCCGGGAGAGUGGGAGGGGACGAGUCGGAACUACAGGAGAGGGGUCUGUUGAAUACAGCAAGAUGAUUGGAUGGAGAGGCAGAGGAGGAGAUUUACCAAUAGGAGCUCUCCGGGACGGAUGGCUCCCAUUGGUCAAUAUUUUUGCAGCCCUGCAGCUGAUGGGGAGAACGGAUUUUUUCCGUUCUUUUUUGACUUUACGUUGUAAAAAUCGCACUAUAGGACCCUGAUCGCCAUAGAAAUGAGGUUUAUAAUAGUCACCAAUCUUUCCAAUCGUCAACCAUGACUUUAAGUAGAGGCAUAAAUGAGGCAAAUAUCUCGUCAAACAUACAAUCAAAAUUGAAAAACGUGGAUCAAGGUCCCAAAGCGGCAAAUUUCAAAGUUUGGUCUUUUUCUUCUGAACUAGUUGUUUUAUGUGACGUCUUUUAAGGGUGUAAAACUUCUCAGAUUUCUUCAAACUUUUCUAUCCUGUCAAAGUGAGAUUGAUUCGUCAGACUUGUAAACAGCCGGAGGAUUUUUCCUGUGAUCAUUAACUUAAAAAAGUUGAAGUUCCUGCGGUCCUGAAACCGUAUCAGUCAUCUUCUCUGGACCCAUCAAGAGCAGCUGUUUAAAUACCUCUGUUAUCAUUUUAAUGGUUUGAAGAGGUGGAAAUACAGCUGCGUCGAUUAACUUCGUCAUUAGUUCUUCGUCAGUCUUCAUCGAGGAUUUGCGGCUCAACUUCUCAGCUGGAGGUGAAAAAGCACAAAGUUUGUUCUCUGUUUGAGUCCAUUUCGUCCUUCCAUUUCAGUCGGUAAUUUACCGAGUCUCGCGUUAAGAGGAUUUUCCUCCAGUUUCCAAACAGCACCUGUGUUCCAUUUGAGCAAACAAGCCGAAUUUAUUCCAUUUUUAUCAGGAGGUCCAGGCGACUGGCCGCCGCUCCGUGUCGUGAUUUGGGAUGAAAGCACAGAUGUGUUUUUGUCAAAAGUACUGCAAAGUAAAAUCUCCUGUGAGUCAGAUUAACAUAAUGAAUCAUGAAUCUGAAAAACUGUUUAAAACACUCUAAACUGUUUUUUCUGAGAGUUUGAAACCUGAUCCAGCUCUCCGUCGUUAAUCAUCUUUCUCUUCCUUUUGUCUUACCUGCCUCGUUCUGAAGGUCCAGACACAUUCAUCCUCCUGUCCUCUCCUUCCUCGCUCCUCCUCCUCCUCCUUGAGCUGUGGACUUAACCUGAUUAAACCACUCGUCUCGUGAAAACAUCAUCGUCUUCUUCUAUAGACGGAGACAUGAUUGUUUUAUCAGCUCGAGGCGCUAUAUUUAGAGCGUCUGUUUCCACUUAUUUCUGACUCGAUGGGUAAUUUGCAUUUUUAAUGAACAAUAACAACCCUGAAUAAAUCACACAGGAUCCUCCCUCCCAAAAUAACGUCGACUUCUAUGAGAUAAACCCUCUUGAAAAGCUCAGUGAGAGACUGCAUGAGCAAAUCCUUCAAGGUUCAUACAAAACCGACCAUUACUAGAUUUAGAGAAGUGCAUCUUGGGGGUUGAUGCUCUAACAGGGUUUUAUCAAGAAAGCGGGUAUUCCAGGCGAGGAUUAACUCUCGUUAAUUUCCGUGUCUUCUCUCCCUCCAGGUGUCGAGUGCAUCGUUGUUCUACCUGAACCGAGAAGUCACUGGGAUCCUGUUUUCGGCACCUGCGUCUUCCUCUUCUCCUUCCUCAUCCCCGUGGCCAUCAUCAGCAUCUGCUACAGCCUCAUGGUGAAGCGCCUGCGCAGCGUCCGCAUCCUGUCCGGCUCCAAAGAGAAAGACCGUAACCUGCGGCGCAUCACGAGGAUGGUCCUUGUCGUCGUGGCGGCCUUUGUCGUCUGUUGGACCCCCAUCCAGAUCAUGGUCCUGGCUCAGUCCCUGGGCUUCAACCUGAGCAGCUUGUUCACGCUGGUCCUGAUGCACUUCUGCAUCGCGCUGAGCUACGUCAACAGCAGCUUGAACCCGGUGCUGUACGCCUUCCUGGAUGAGAACUUCAAGCGCUGCUUCCGCGAGUUCUGCCACCCGUCGCCGUUCCGUCUGGACAGACCGGACGGAUCCGGCCGGAUGAGGAGCAUCGCCAGAGAGGUGGCGGCGGCCUACAGCUGUAAGGCCGGGGAUGGCGGAGGACACGGGGGAGGGACGCCUAAUCCCGCAUGACUAGGCGUGGAGCUCCCCUUGGUGGGGGUUGACCCCAGCCAGAGGAGAGAGAACCAAGGGACGGGGAACUCCAACACAGAAUUGACCCAGAUAACCGCCCUCUAGCGGCACGAGCCCCCCCACCCCCCGACUAGAAGACUAGCAUGGGGUGGGGGGGAGGGAGAUGAGGAGGAUGGGAUGGAAAGGAAAAGAAUUUAGGAUUGGACACCGAGGACCUUUGCGAUGGAUGGAGACAGUGCCAAAUGUGGUUUCGAUCAAGGAAUGAGAGGCUCAGAUAAGUCCUGAAACCUGAGCAAGACUUGUGACCUGAAUAGAUCAGGAAACGGAAAAGUCGGUCACAGUAUUUGGUUUGACACAGACUCAGAAACUGGAUUUGCAAACUGAGCCUGGUACCACUCGGUCUAUUGGAGACGCCUGAUUUUCUACUCGGGUGUUAAACAGCAGGAUUUGAGUAUUGAUAGACGGAGCUGCACAUGAGCAAGAAGAAUGACUUUACCAACGCUGGAAGAACGGAUCGGACCAGGAAAGAGAACUGUCUUUACCAGUUGAUGUUUCAGACUAAAACACUUUGUGGUGGAAAUCAGUGGACAAGACCCCCACACUGUAUCCCCACUGAAGACAGUAUGGUGUUUUUAUCGUGGGUCUACAUAAGGGUAUUAUGCUGCAGAGCCCUUAUUAGGACUUCAACAGGCCCACUGAGUGUAUCGUGCUACCUGGGACUACAGUCAUGGAUGUACUAUCUGUAUUAAAGGGAUAUUCCAGCGUAAAAUUAAUUUAGGGUCAAACACACCAUAACACCGAGUUAGACCCCCCCUCCAGAGAUGAAUGUUGUCGACCGCUUGCUUCUCUAGUUAUACCAACUUUAUUAACGACCGCAGGAUAGAAAUACAGAGAGCCACGCCCCCAACCAAAACGCCACUCUAUAGCCACAAAUAAUGCUCAGAACAGCACCUAACUUCAUCAACAGGACAUAUAGGGUCACAGACAUAGUACUAGACACCAAACAUCUUUUAACUUUGCAAAGAGACUAAACACAACUCACCUACUCUCUUCCAGCAGACGCUUGUUAGUAGAGAGACCUCAGGUUUAUGGCUCCUCAGACCGCUGUGUAUUGCUAUCCUGCGGUCAUUACUAAAGAAGCAAGCAGUCGGCAACAUCCAUCUCUCAAAGGGGGUGUCUAAUUCGGUGUUACGGUAUGUUUGACAUUAAAUUCAUCUUACGCGGAAUAUCCCUUUAACGAUAGCUCUAUAGGAAAAGAACAGUGAGCAGCUCCUGACCCAGACCGGGUCGGUCACAUGAAUGUUAUUUCUCUUCGUCCUGAAACAAAUACUCCUGAGAAAUCCAGUCGAAAAUGUAUUUCUUAGAGUUUUGGGGGAUUUUUGAAAACUUUCUAUUGUCACUUGUGUGAAGUUGGAAAUGUGGGGUCUGUGGUUAGAGGCGGGGCUGGCGAAAAGAACCUGAAAAAUCAUCCAAAAGAGAGACCUACAAACGAAACGACUGCCUGUAGACGGGGAGUCAUAUUAACUGUUAAAUUACCUGUAUUCAAUGGUAGAUAACAUAGACUGUUCAGAAGAGGUGGUCCAGGUCACACACGAGUCCUAAGUCUGGUAUUUCAGCCUUUGGUUGCCAAUGACGACCACGUUUGGAAAAGAUUGGUGUCUUUCCAUUUCUGCAUCUCUGUUUUGGUUUAUCUAAUCGUGGACAUCGCUCACUAUCACUGUAGAACUGAAUAAAACUAUCAUCUCACUUAGUAAACGAAUCGAUUCCACACGUCUAAGAGGUAGCGCCCUCCUCAGUUCAGUCUAUGUUAAAUACUUUUUUAUAAAUUUGCUGCAGGGACUUGAAUUUCGCCAUAAACACGGUAUUUUUAAACUGACCUGUGCAAAAUUUAAAAUGUGUUUUAUCUUCUAAGACUCCAAAAAAAUGAAAUUUGGUAACUCGCUGACAAGAUGUACUUUUCAAAACAUCUGUGAUAUCAUCAUUUAUCAUCUUAGGCGCUGUUUUUGUUAGUGACACGCAACAGGAAGUGUCCCGUUUGAGACCAUUUUUGUUUUGGUGUUUUUCCGCCUCUGCAUCUCACAGAUGUUUUGAAAACCUCUUGCGUGCGUCUCGUUGUUCCUGACCGGUUUUAGGGCAUCGGGGGUGAAACUGAUCGGGUUCUUGGAUGAUGUUGGGUUUGGUGGUCAUCUCUGGGUUUUGGUAUUUUGUGGUCAGGGGGUUUUAAAGCGGGCGGGGUUGGGUGGGUGCGUCGUCAGCGACUCACUUUGACUCCCAGCACCACGGUGGCGAAGCAGGAGGAUGGGGUCACGGUGUUCGGACCCCACUCCAAGGGACAAAGGGGCUCUUUCUCUCUCUACUUCGUGUCUUUGAGUGGAAACUGGCCCUAAAACAGAAACACACACCGGGUACACGUCUUUAAGUUGUUGUAAUUUGAGGAGAGGUGGUUCGCCUCUGAUCGUUGUCCAAUUUCACACUUUGAAAUCGUCGGUUUCUCCUUUUUUUAGGACUCUCGGUGGCGUCGGACUGACCGGUCUUUGAGGAUGUGGAUUCUGUUUUAGGGCUGGUGUCUCCUUAUUUAAAAUUUUCGUCUGUAACUUUUUUAUUUUAUUAACUUUAGGAUAGCACUUUGCUGUUUUCAGUCAGUUGUGUUUUGAUUUCUAUCGGUUAAAAGUUUCUUUUGCUGCAGCGAAUCUUUGCAGCUUUUUUAUUUCUCCUUAUGAAAUUUGUCUUCUUUUUGUUUGAGAGAUAAAUUCUAUGAACUUACAUUGCCUUAAAUAUCAAGUAAAGUCUGUUACUGAAGCUCGCUCUCUGGCUGGACAAAACGUGCUCGAGUUUUUAUCGGUGUUUCGCUGUUAGUUUAAACUAGUAAAGACCUGUAUUCAUGAAGCUUCGGAGGACGGGGUCGUCUUUAAAUAAGGGCUAGUUAGCUUCUUAGGGAAGAGGGGGUUGUCCAUCUUCAAUUGGACUUUGUGUAAUAAAGCUUCCGCCUUAAUUCAUACCUUUCUGGUAACCUGGUAACAUAUAAAUAGAUAAAAAAGAAGAUGAAAUUUUCUCUUUAGUUUUCUGUUUCGAAUCUUAAAAACCACCUGAUUGGAUGUGACAUUGGGUUUGAUGGCUGUGAUUGUAGAUCAGAGGGAGUUACUUCAGUAUUUUAACUCAAUAAAAGUUAGGACACUUUGUAAAAUGUUAUUAAAACAUAAACUGAUGGUUUGCAAAUCAUUUAAACUUUAUUUCUGAUACAGGAUUUCAGCUGCUCAAAAGCUCAUGUGUAAGCUAUCCAUGGCGUAGAGUCUUGUGCAUCCCCAGACCAUCAUGGAUGCCGGCUUUUGAACUAAAAAGGAGGGUAGUCCCGCCCUAAUCUAGAGUGGAGGGUGCAGACUUUAUGACUUCCAAAAGAAGUGUCCCCUCUUGGCGUUAGUCCACCCUAAAUGGACUCAGGGUUAGGGUUAGACAUAUGCACCUGGCUCAUGUUGUCCUCUUUGCGUCGUACUGUAUAAUGUCGUUUUUAACUUUGCAUUCUGGGAUGCAGUGAUAGUUUGUGUCUGGAAGGGAUUUACCCGGGAUUUUCGGCAGCGAUUUUCGCCGUCUGCCAAUUCCUACCGGAUCUGUUUGUGAGGCCAAUUUUGUGGUGGAUUACGGACAGCAGGAAUCGCGAGAGCUCACAAGAAUCCAUGGAUUCACUUGCAAUCACAUGAUAACAAGUCGUCUUUAGCCACAGAGGCUAACCAUAUAAGCAGUAGAUUGUGUCCUUCCAGAGGAGGAAAUCUACUUCUAGACUUCUAGAAUCAGCAUCUCCUCAUCCAUGGUGUCAUCGGGGUGAAAUGACGUCUAAAAACCUUUCACUUGUUCGUCUCCGGUCAUUUGAAAUACGAUCCGAAUGUUUUAUUUUGUAUCUGUGCCCGACUUCCUUUCCAGCACGGGUUAAUCUGUGCUGAAUUUAUCUGACGUCCGGAAAAAAUAGAACUCUUGUGAUCAGCUGAGGAGUCCGACAAUCUGCAGAGGAAUGGAAAGAAGCCGGUGGAAAUUGACACGUUAACUCGCGGAUACGAUCUUUUCGUAGCCGUUCCGGAGUCAUAUGUGUUGCUGGCAUUUACUCUAAUCGAAGCAGAUUUUCCCAUCAAAAUAACUGUCAAAAUCUGAUAUGUUGCUUUUGCUUUAACUUUCCACAAAUUUAAGAUUUAAAUGAGCUGCAAACCUUUAAAUAAACAACAUCCCAGCUUUUCCAGGAUCAGGCUUGAAUGAGUUUCAGCGUCAUGAGACCUUUAGUCUUUAUCUCUAAAUUAACUCAUUGCAGAGUAAUUUCCGCUUGAUUGGAGCUUUUACCUCUCCUCGAUGAUGACGUCCGUCUCUCCUGAGGAGGUUUCAUGAACACAGGUCCCUUUUUGUACAACCUAGCAGACGUUGUGUAGGAAAAACGCUGGAGCACCGAGGACUCUGACUCCGACACGACGCGAUUAUAAAGAAGAAGACGCGCUACGACGCAGCUGCGAGGCUCUUUGUGCUUAAAUGUCACCGUUAAUUACCUGAAGACUCGACGAUAUUUUGUAUUACUGUUUGAUGUUUUUUGUAGCACAAACUAAAGAGGGCAAAAUACUUCUGUUUGUCAAACAGAGUGAACUUAAGUAUACUGUCUGUUAGCUCUGUAUAACAUUCUGUUUGAAUAUUACUCUUCUGUAAAAGUAUAAAACAUGGUUCUGAUCAUCAUUUACCGUCUGACCUCUUUCUCUUGUUCUUCUCGAUGUAUAAAUAAGAAGUUAUUCACUAACUGUAACAGUAUGUAUUGUGACCUCCUGAAUGCAGGGAGGCUAUUUUCAUUCGUUUACAUUUUACAGACCACAUGAAUGUCAAAUGAAAACCUGUUGAGAAUCCAAAUCUGAUAAGAAAAAGCAUACGAUGUCGGUGUUGUUGCUAUAAAGAAAAACAGUGUCGCCUUUGUGUUUUAUUUUGCUGUUUUGCGGGGGGGUCGGGACUGUCUGGUAUGUAUUUAUGUAAUACUUGUGGACUGCAUUAUGCUCACAGUCACAGUCAUGGAAUCAAACAGCUCUCAGGGUGCCAAAAGUUAAGAAAUAAGACCACAAAUCUGCUCCCGGAUCGGGUUGUGGUGCGUGUUUUUAAAGGAGUAGUUUCACUUUUUUGGGGUAAUCGAGAGCCUUACUCUUAAACGUAUUUGUAAUUCUAGGUCGGGGGAAAUCGGGACUGUUUGUAUCACGUGACUUUGCCUGUAGCGACGUAAAUGACGUGUUCUUGUUCUGCAGCCCGCUGCAGACUGAACUACCAUGCUAGCUGGCUUGUUGUCGAUGCAUAGAGACUUUUUGCUGAAGCUUGAAUUGAAAAUUGUAUAUUUUUCUCUGCUUAUGAAAAUGAACAAAUAAAUCAUGGCUAUGUAUAAGUA